AUGGCGGGGCACCCUCCACUGUGUGAUUUGCAUUCCUCAUCAUGCUGGGGAACAGAGCAGACUGGUCACUGCUCAGGCCCCCAGCCCAUCCUGCUGCGCUUCUCCCAUGUUCUGUGCCCACUUUUCAGUCUGGGCUGUGCCUGCUUCUUCUAUGCUGCCUGCUAUGUGGCCUGCUGCUACUCCAGGGACCUUCUAGGAGCCAGGUUGCAGAUUGUGGCCCAGCUCCUGACUGUGCUGAGCUGUGUGGGGCUCCUCAUCCUCUACCAUGCUUAGGCAGCGUGGGCUGGUCCGGGGCUUCAGCUGCCUGGUCUGGCUACUGGCCUUACUAGCUUCAGCUUCCUACCGCAAGCUCAUAGAGAUCUGGGUGCAUGCCUAGUGGGACUGCUGGGCUCCCUUCUGGACCUGAGCAUCACCCACUGCUUUCAGAUCAGGAAAGCUCACCCUAUGAGCACCAUGGUGAAAAACAAGGUGUCUGUGAUCAGAUUCAAUAGUUACAUCUGUGUGUCCAUGGGGAUGGCCUUCUCAACUUACUAUGUCAGAGGCAAGAUGUGCAAGAGACCUUCCCUGCCCUGUAUCUCCAAAGAGCAGGUAGGUUUGAAGAGGGUAUUUACCUUUAAGGGGCUCCAAAGACAGCUUAAACACAGUGCAACCAUGUAAUUAAUUUUGCUUGUGCUGCAUAAAACAAACACAGGGUGCUUCCCUCAUGCAAGAGAACUUCGGACUUGGAGGGACAUCAAUAUAUUUACCAAUAUGGGUUCUGCUCUCUCCUGGAUCCCACGGUGCAACCGGACCUGAGGUUGGCCAAUUCUCACAAUGUGAUUUGCAAAUAAAAUAUUGAUGGUCCAGGCACUCAAGUUCAAAUCACAGUAGAGGGACAUCAAACUUACAUGCUUACUUUGAGGGGUGUGCAAGUCAUUAGUGAUGACUCUGUCCCCGUCACUUCCUUUUGGGUUACUUUAACUUUAAAAGCCAGACUAUAUUUUCUCAGCGCCAGUGAUGAUAUUCAGAAACAUUACUGACAAAACAAACAUCAGCUCAGCAAGCAGAGCUAAUGUGCUCAUAGUGAGCCAGCCACCUGCACAUGAGUGCUUACAAGUAUUCUUGUCUUAUGGUCAACGAAACUCUGUUUAUAUUAAGUUGAAAUUCUUUCUGAUUUCUUGAACUGAAAGAUAUUGGAGAAGCAUGCCCUGUCAGAUUGUAAACACGUGAAAGGAAUGCUUAAAAAACAGUCAGUCGGGACUUUUGUUUCCCCAAAUUAAAAUCUAUCGAAUUCUGUACUUUUAGGGUAUUAUAUUGAGUCACUGAGAGGAACAGCUGCCUUAUUUUUUUUUCUGACCAAGUUGUACAGAGUUGCAUAGGAAGUUGAAGGUUUAAUAAUAAUCUGUGAAGUCAGGAGGGCACUAAAUUUGAAAGGUGGCACUUUAAUAAGCACAAUUAUCACGUCAGUUCAUUGAGGGCACUGGCCUACUGGGCUUAGUGUGAAGUGAACUUUAUUAACCUAUCCAAUGGUUGCCAAGAGGUAGCAAUGGCAAAUUGAGAAUUCUGAACUUAAAGGAACUAAAUGUUGGACAGUCUUAGAAUGUCCAAGAAACACUACACAGAAUAUCCUCUACAUAGAAUGCAGAACUUGAGCAUUUAUUGAGCAAAAUUCUAACUUACCGUAAGAGGGUUGUGGAGCAAAUCAUGAUUCGGUUCACUGAUCCCUUGAGAAAUGGAUAACAAAAAUGGCUUUCUGCCAUUUUCUUUAUCUAGAAUUAUCUUUCCUAUUCUCACGUUCUGUUUUCUUAACCUUUCCAUUUUCUUUCUGUUUAUACAUGUCUCCCUCAUGCUUUCAUACCCCUAUCAUUUCUCCUCUAUUCAUUAUUUUUUCCUCAUUGUUUUCCUUACAACGUCACCAUAGAGGUCUUUCAGUUACAUUGUCCUCUAUUUUGCAUGUGAUAUUUCACAAACAUUAAUUAAUACUUUGGUCGAGACAUAAAACACCUUUCAUAGACGUGCCUCAAAUGACUACCUAAUCCACAAAUCCUAUUAGUAGUCCUUGUGGCAAUUCCCCAACUGUGAACAUGUGAUGUUAUCUGGGGAUUAGUUACCUCAGACAUUCCAGCUGGUUUAGACUACAAAUACUAUCAACUUCAGCCAGCCUACUUCUGCCCGGACAUGAUGGGUGCUGCAUUACGUAGUAACUGGAGUAAUAUUAUAGGCCUAUUACAAGCUGGUAUUAUUACUACAGUAAGCCAAUGCAUACUUAUAGCUUCAGAAUACAUGAUAAAUUGUAAGACAGCUAGAAACGGACAAGAGAGGUUAGAGCUAGAGGGGGGGGGGGGGGGGGGCUAUAACGAAUGUCAAAAUACACAAGAAAAAAGAAAAGGCAGCCUAAAAAGUAAAUAUUAUGACAUGAUCUGUAUUAUAUUUUAUAUGAUUGUAACAUCAGGAUUAAUAGAAAAAAGGUAUCAAUGUAAUCAAUCACACCCUAAUCGAAUGGAUGUAAACCUAUCUUGUCAUAAAUACAUGUCGUUUGGUGUAAUUCUAAUAGCAGUAGCAGAGAAAUCAAGACUUGCAGCAAUUACAUAAAACAUAUAGUAUGUAUCCAAAUAAGAACACACUAUUUGUAUUAAAACCAGACAUAGAAGUAAAAGUAGAAUAAUGGUAGAAAAUAACAGCCAGUAAAUUUCAUGAAAUAGGAGGGAUAUAGCCCCCACAAGCUGUCCCUGAGCGUGUAUUUGAGGGCACCUAUACCAGAGACUAAACAACCCAAUCAUGCUACAAUAUGCAAGGUUAAAAAAAUCCCUGCUUCGGUACAAAAAGGAAAAAAACAAAACAAUAGAGAUAUAGAAAAAAAAUGUCCAGCAAGAUUCCACAGUACUGCGAUCACUCCAUGUGCUAUGAAGAAAGACGUGUGGGCAAAGUAAGAGAACCAGUUGUAGAGCAGAUCCACGACGAUUGUUUCGCUGGUCAGACGGCUCUUUUGUUACUUUGCCUACAUGGCUCUCUUUAUAGCACAUGGAGUGAUUGAUGUACAGUGAAACCUGACUGUACACUUUUCUUAUAUACCUAUAUCUGUCAGUUCAUCGAGAAAGCAUAGUGGUCUGCACUUCCAUUGGGUGCAGACCUCUUUAAGAGCUCCCUCACAGCAACAUAACCAUUAUAGUAAUCUGCAGGAGAUAUUUUGUGCUUCUCUAAAGGUUAUCAGAUAUUUUAAGGGUACAUUGAGAAUGUGCAUGUUAUACAUUAGUGUGACUACACAUGCUAUGUAAAAGGAGGUGAUAGAAAAUACACUAUACAGCAACAUAAGAAUCAGAAAUACUUAGGUGAAAUAUGAACUUCUUAAGUUUACUGAUUGUAAUGCAUUUACAUUAUUUCAGUGCUAGAUCACAGCUAAGUUGCCCUGAAUGCUUGUAAUGUCUUGUAAUAACCCAGAGCUGUCUGUAUUGGCUAAUCUUUGCUGUACAUAUGGGAAAUACCAAAAUAGUAAGUCUGAGGAAGAAAAUAAGUCACAGACAUUGCAAUAUUUAUUUUUGUCAGGAACACAGAACACAUUUUUAUAAAAAAUCAAAACAAUAAUAUCACGUUAGGCACUUAAUAAUACUUUACAAGAUGAUGGUAAGGUCAACCACCUUACCAGCUCCGUUGGUUGUAGAAAAAUACCCACUGUAAAGCCCCCUUCACCUAGUCGAACCUUGAAAUUAAAUCACAAGCCCCAACCCCCAACCCCUUAGGCUUAAACAAAUUUAGCAUCUGGUGCCAGCGUGGAGUUGCAGGUGUCAGCACAUGGCAAAGGACGUUGAUCCCUCUGUAAAAAGACUAUUAGGGCCAAAGCGAGACCCCAUUUGAUGAAGUGACAUAUAGGCUAAGUAAAUAAGCAGCCCCUGCCACAAGCAACUAGAAUCCAGACAUGCAAAAAGCAAUCUUGAAUAAGCGACUAAAAAUAUUGGCAAUCAGAAGCCUAGAACUUGGGGAUUGUAGAAAAAGAAACAAGUUAAUGACUCGAAUCAUUGCAACCUAUCCUUCAAUAACUUAGACCUCUCCUUCUACCUUCACAUUGACCACUCCUGUCAGAGGAAAACUAGAAAAUCACACCCCUAAGAAUGUUCUGGCGGCUUCAGGAGGAAACAGUAAUCCUUAAUAUAUAUAUAUAUAUAUUUGUGCUGCAGUACUGGGACUUUCAUUUUGGCAUUGAAAAGGUUGAAUAGUAUAUACCAACAUUAUUCUAUUAAAUGAAGUGGUUUUGGUGCUUAGAUUGUCCCUGUAAGAGGCUGUGUUGGUAAUGAGUACAGAAACCACAUACCAUCUGUUCCAUCCUUGCGCUCUGAAUAGGGGUGAAAGCAAACUAUAAAAAUGAUGCAUUACCUUGGGCCUUUAUUCCUGAUGGCAUGUCAAGGAAGGGAGCAAGGAUUAUCAAAGCAGUACUCCAUACAGCAUGAAUAAAGGGGCUCUUUUCACAUCUUCCUGUAAUAUUCCUGUUUUUGUCAUCUGCAUUACAAAUUACUACAUUCUUUGACACAAUUCACAAACCACAAAUUACCAUCAACUGUACAUUAGCACUAUACACUCUGCAUAUGGUCUGACGCCACCAGCCCACAUCAAAGCCAAUAAAAUCUGUUCAUGUUCCCUGUAAUUCUGUCCUACUUAUGCUUCACAUUUUUUUCCACUUAAAAGUUUGUUUUUCACAGUGUACAUUACAAACAUAUUAAAGGUUUUACAUUAUACAUUGUUUUUGAAUUGAAAUAAACAACAGCUUAUAUUACAUUGUCUGACGUAGUCUUUGAAACUUAUCCUAAGUUCUGCAUGGUUUACAUAUAUUGCAAGUAAUUAUAGAGUCCUUAUUCCUUUUAGCAAUAUGUUAAUUCACAUAUGGUAAAAUGAAAAGUAGGGAGUGGGAGAGUGGGGACCUGUAGGGUCGGUUGACACCAAAACAUUGGAAAGAAAGAACAUAAAAGAAAUGGAACGAGACUCGGGUGCCCUAUGUCCCCUCUUCUCUUAAUACUCAUAUUGGAACCCUUCUUUAAAGGCAUCAAAGACUACCAAGCCAUUCGAGGUAUCCAAGUUCAAAAAAAGGAAUUUAAAAUCUCGGCAUCGCCGACGACCUCUUUUUUACAAUAGACACCCCGAGCACAUCCCUGGCUCCACUCCCAGAAGAAAUCUCCAUCUAUAACAAAACCCUCAAUUUUUCAAGUCAAUUUCUCAAAAAGUGAAAUUCUCCCUUUGCGCAUACAUGAAUCCACAAGGGUACACCUGCAAUCCACUUUCCCCUUUACCUGGGCAGAUAAGACGAUUACAUAUCUAGGCAUCUGUCUACUGGUGAACCUAGCCACUACCUUUGAUCUAAAUUUCGAACCACCAUUCCAAUCAAUGUCCAAAGACCUGGCAACAUGGCACAAGCCGCACUUUAAUUGGCUAUGCCAAAUAAACAUCCCUAAUAUUAUAUCUAUUCCAAACCCUGCCCAAACCCAAAUCAUUUUUCACUAAGCUUCAACGACUCUUCAAUACCUUCAUCUGGGCACACAAACAGCCAAGAAGUUUUGACAAGACAUAAGGUGGGCGGUGGCCUAGGAGUCUCCCAGAGAGAAAGGUACUACAAAGCGACAAUGCUCUCUAGAUUAUACAAAUGUCAGACAAUAGACACAAAUAGAAAGCUCCAUGUUUUGAAUCCCUCUCCAUACGGUUGCACAUACCAACUGUAAGACAUAAGGCAUUACACGGACCAACUUGGCCUGGUCAACCUCUUCACUGACUGAUGCUACACUCCCACCACUUAGUGCUGAACAGGAACAAUCAGGGGAUAAUACUUAGACACCUAAACCCAACCCUAUGAUAUUUACUGAAGCACAAGCAUAUCUCCACCAACCUAAGGUAUGAUACCACAGUUUGUACAUAUACUCUUCCUACCCAGUACCCAUGGAAAGUACCAAGUAUUUUGAGUCACAUAUUACAACACUAACGACAUGGUCCCUUGUUAUGAAUGUGUUUGACCUAUGCAUGUAGGAUACACAACUGUAGAAAUGUAAAAAAACAAACAAAUGUGAUAUGAUGUAACAAUGUUUUAGCAGAGAGCUGGUAUUCCACAGGUUAUCUCCACUCAAGAUGAGGCUCAAGAACAAGUAUUAAAAAUCCAUAAGGCAAUAAUUACAGCAGGCAAGUCAAUCCAAUAAUAUCCCAAUAUAAAUCCCAAUGACUGGACGACACACGGCAUCAGGAGCAGAACUGAACUUUUAAUCACUCAACCUUCUUUUAAAGCUUUCUCCCAUGCAAGGGAGGUAUUUACAGUAAUUAUACAGUACACCAAUCAUACAUGAGUUGCCAUCCACACAUCCCCUCCCCUUAGUAUGACUCAUAAUCCCAUUAUGAAGGACACAGUUCCCCUGGUUUUCUGGAUGUACCCCUAAACAUAGGGGUACCCCUUUAAAUAUUACAUCCCCUGGUAGCCCUGAUCUGGGUGAGAGACAUAUUCAAAAAUCACCCAGAUCGGACCAGGGGUUCGGGAAAUUCCUGGAGGUAGUAAAAAGACCGACCGCACUGGUGUUAACAGCCGAAAUGGGUUCCAUACAUUCUGGCCCUGUGGUCGGUCACAGAAAAAGGGAACAAAAUGCACGAACGGCUUGGGUUAUGGAGACUGGGGAGGAUUCGUAUAAAAGUGGGGUUGUUCGUGGGGUUCUUUCUACUGAACGGGGAGCCGUUCGGUAGUUUCUACACUAAGUGACGGCAGUGUAGUGGGCUCAGCGGUGUUUGCCUAACCAAGUGUCCGAUUUGGGUUCCAGACACUCCACAGCAAAACACCGCUGUUCGGGAGUUUAAGAUGGCCGCCGCCACGUGUUCGUCCCCCGAAUGGCGGCCACCCAGAGGACAAAGCACACACUGCACUGAUUGCCAAUUACCCGUUUGCAACAUUGUUGCGAACGGUAAUUGGAGGCACACUUAUUCCUGGGGUGGUCUGAUUGUUCGGUAGUUUCACUCGCAUAAUAACUGGAGUGAUUUUACCGAACAAUCAGGCGAAUGCUGCAUACACUUUACAUACAUAUGGCAAAAAUUAACCGAAAGCAUACGAAUACACAUAAUUUUGAGGACAGCCCAAUGCCAUCCGCUACAGAUGUGUGCUCUUUAUCUACUUGUUGCUGAUUCAUGUCAUGAUAACAUACUUGUGUAAACUGUGAAAUAUUGUCAUGGAAAUUUAUAUUUUUAUAUUAUCAAUAAAAAUGUUAAAAAAAAAUAAAACAUAAAAAUAACAAUAAAACUGACUGACUACCGCAGGGUGUGGAACAGCUGGACUGCUAUUAUCAUUCAUUUAAUCUAAGAUAAGUUAUGGGCCUGGACCUCUCCAAGGUUUAACCAAAGGUCCCAUAUUUUUUGAAAAAUAUGCGUUGUGUUGUUCUGUCUAUGUGACAUUUGCUUCCACUCUCGGUCAUUAACAGUAACUACAAUUAGUAUCAGAGACAGCACUUUGUUAUAUAACAAUUUAAGUCGAUAUGUGCAGUGUGUGAGGACUUGUAAUAAUGCUGUAGAAGACCUGUUAUCAACCUUUGUAAAUCUGCAUCUCAUUUAUUUUUAUAUGAGCAAGGUUGUGGUAAUUUGAAAGAAAGAAAAAGGUAGAGAAAAUGGAUAUUCCUUUUUUAGCAUGUGCGUGUCUGUUAGCUAGAGUUUGAGAAAAUUUCUGUUGAGGCACUGACUGAUCUUUGCUCUUUUGAAAUGGGCAUGAUUAUAUUAUUUAUCAGUCUUUUAGGAUAACCUUACGUGCACCCAUAGCAUGUCUGAAUUACUUGUCUCUGUUAGCUUUUACUAGAAUUCUAUGUAUCUAUCACACUUGCCGAACAACAAUUUCUAAAGCUCCAAGACCGUUUUUAGGUCCCAGAAACACCUGGGGCUUGAGCCAAAAGGAGAACUUGAUGACAUGUCUUCCUUUUUUUAUGAUAUGUCUCCUUCUCCCUACCCAUUAACAGGGGGAUAUCAGUUAAACCAUAGACAGAAAAAGGCACCAGGUCCACAGCCUGGUAUUCAGUGCCAUCCUGCCACACUACCUAAGUAAUAGAGGGGUGUUCAGCAAAAUUCUGCUCCACAGCACCCUCUACUGACAGUCAUCUGGAGGGCAUCAACCCUCUCCCUAAGUAGCCUGCCAGAGCAUUACAGAAAAUUAGAAGGAAUUAAAGGACCACUAUAGUGCCAGGAAAACAUACUCGUUUUCCUGGCACUAUAGUGCCCUGAGGGUGCCCCCACCCUCAGGGACCCCCUCCCGCCCGGCUCUGGAAGGGGGAAAGGGGUAAAAACUUACCUUUUUCCAGUGCUGGGCGGAGAGCUCUCUGCCUCCUCUCCGCCUCCGUUACGCCCCGCCGGCUGAAUGCGCACGCGCGGCAAGAGCUGCGCGCGCAUUCAGCCGGUCUCAUAGGAAAGCAUUUACAAUGCUUUCCUAUGGACGCUGGCGUGCUCUCACCGUGAUUUUCACAGUGAGAAGCACGCAAGCGCCUCUAGUGGCUGUCAAUGAGACAGCCACUAGAGGAUUAGGGGGAAGGCUUAACCCAUUCAUAAUUAUAGCAGUUUCUCUGAAACUGCUAUAAUUAUGAAAAAAUGGGCUAACCCUAGAAGGACCUGGCACCCAGACCACUUCAUUAAGCUGAAGUGGUCUGGGUGCCUAGAGUGGUCCUUUAAAAACUGAUUUGCAAAAUUCCAGUUAAAAAUAGCAAAGCUGUAAAUUUAGUUGGAGAAUUACUUUUGUUUUUGCUUAAAUUUUGUACAAAUUUCUAAUUUGGAUUUUGUAUUUUAUUACAAUUCUCCGAUUCUUUAGUAAAAUCUAAAUUUCAAAGUUUUUUUCUUCUUAAAAUGUUUCCCUCUAGAAUUUUCUUUAACAUGUUAGAAUAUUUGAAGUUGUUUAACAUUUCCCCUUGCCUCUAACGCAGGGGAGCUGAGUGAUACUGUAGGUACGGGAGCAUUUAUUUAUUUUUGCUUAUAUUAUGCAAUGUAUCAAAACCCUGCGGUCACAAGAGUUAGAGAUGAAAGUCUGUGUUUGUUUUAGAGUGACAUUCUAAAGAAAAACAAAGCCGGAUUUGCAUUCCCCUAAGCAUGACUGUGAUUUGAAUCUCAGAAAUUGACUUUACCUGCCUGAGGCAAUCGAUGCUUUUAUUGUGAAAGCUCUAAAAAAAAGGAAAACAAAACAGAUUUAUUUAUUUCUUUAACGUAUGCAAGACCAGUCUUUUAGAGGUGAAUUCUGUGAAUAAAUCACAUCAUCGGGUAAUAAUAUUUCCAGGUUGUUUUUUUUAGACCUGUUCGGGCCUUUAGCAGUCAAGUCAGACCGAUGCUUUUCUUACAAGAUCCUUGACCUUACUGUUAAAACAUAUUCUACAUCACAGUCUAGCAAUGCAUCCUUCCAUAAGCACUUACCUGAAACUUGGUCAUUGCAAUAGAUUUAAUGCAGGAACCAUUAAAAUUAAAAAUGGUUUAAUGCAGGAACCAUUAAAAUUUGGGGUAAAUUGGGCUGGGGGGGUGGGGGGUCUCACGUGUGAAUUGUCAGAAGUUGAAUUUAAAAUUUUAGGCAACAAUAGUUGAUUUGGAGAAUUAAUUUCAACAAUUUUUACAUAAAUUUGAAAUUUACUUUGAAUAAAAAAAAAGCAAUAUAAUACAAAAAAUAUAUAGAAAAGUUUGAUCAGUUAUAAGUUAAAUUAAAAGUAAAGCAGUAUACUCUAUAAAGCAUUAUACAUUUCAUAUGUUAAUUUUCAAACUGCAGUCAAUCAUUUUUAAGGAAAACAAUUUGUUGUUUGAACUUGGUAGCAUUCUAGGAGACACCUAUUGUUGUGACUUGAGGUGGGAGGCUUUCUGUGGGAGGUGCUACAGGGCAUAAGAGGAUGUUUGCUUGUAAGCAGUGGAUCAGAAGAAUUUUGUCUGCAGUGAGGUGAGUUUAUAUUGAGCAGAAUUCUCUGGUGUCCUGUAUUUAAUAAAACUCAAGGCAAUGUAUGUAUCUAUCCAAAUAUUUUACUUAGUAUUCCCUAAUACGAUUUAAUGUAUUGUUUCCUUCUGUUUUAUUACAUACCCCUUUUACAAUCUGUUUAGUUUUAUAUAUAUAUAUUUUAGUCUAUUUUUAGCGCUUUUAAAGAACGUUCCUCAUCCAUCUAGCUAUUGCUGUUAAUUCAUUGUCAAUUAUGUUGGCUGAGGAGGAUCGUAGUUGUGUAAAAACUAGAUGGAUCACAUUCUUUGCAAAUAUAUAGUUUAUAGCAAUGAUGGUCAAAAAGUAGAUGCUCAGCUGUUAAGAGACUAUGGCCCAUGAUGCUUUACCCCUGCAUAAUGAUAUAUUUCUAAUUUUGCACGGUUGCACUUUUCGGCAUGUGUUGUUCAAAUAUUUUACUGUGGCUGAGAGAUGUCCUUGAAUGCCUCUAUACGUUUUGGUAAAUUACCUGUACGGUAGACUAUCUAGCUGUCUAGUGGUAUUAUUAGAGUUAAUAUAAGGAUAUCAUAAACAUGUUGUACAACAGUAACAUUUAUUUAUGAUUGUAUGCCUUGUGUAAUGGUAUGCUGUGUUCACUAUGCCUAAUGCUCCCAGAAUUAAGGGACUACCUAGGUACCAAAACCACUACACUAGUAGUUCUGGUGAAUAGAUGUCUAUUUUCUCUGACAAUGUAAAGCAUUGCCCUUUAUGAGAAUAUACAAUGUUUACAUUUAGCUGGAAACACACCUCUAUUGACUGUCAGACACACAGCCACAAGAAGCACUUCCUCCUUAAGACUUCCAAUUUUAGAAGGUUUUCAUAUUUAGCAUCAUUGCUCAGAGUAAUGCUUCUCACAGAGAAGCUUUGGAUCUCGUGUUUCACAUGUGCAGUGUCCUCAAUGCUUCUCUGUAACUAGCAUUAGAUUAGACUAAAGAUCAUCAUGAUUGGGUGAUCUCAUUGUUGGCGAAUCAGAGUACAGAUUGCAGAGUAAGAAAAAGUAACAAAUGAAGAAGCACUGUGCCAAUACAGCGCAUGCGCGGAAAUUGCUGAACUCAGUCAAACAGAUGCUUCUUACAGUGAACCAGUGAAUGCAAUGUUUCUCUAUGAGAAGUUCACGUGAACAUAAAGCAAGUCUUGAUUGAGGAAGUACCUCCAUUGGCUCUAUUGGCUGACAAUUGUAAACACAUGACACAUACUUACUUAUGUUAGAAUGCAGGAACAAGGCAUUUGCACAAUAACCACUACAAUAAGAUUGAAUUAUUUUCAUGACUAGAGUGUCCUUUUAACAAAAUUUAUUAGUUAUAACCUGCAAACUGAACCAAUUGCAGCAUCAUGAGAUGCUGGCCGAAGAACGUAGCUUUGCAAAAUUAAAGGAAUAGUCCAAACCCCUGAUGCACAUCAGCUUGCUAAAGUACUUUAUGGUUAACAAAGUGCCCUAUCUUUCACUUUUUAGAAAAGUGUGGAAUUCAAGAUAAAUUUUUUUACUGAUAAAGCGGCCCAUGGAAACUUACCAACACACCAGGAUUAUAAAUAUUUAUGUAUAAUGCUGGAGUAUUCCUUUAAAGAACUUGGCAUCUUUGCAAAAAAAGGAACAAAGGGAUAUUCACAUAAUCACCUUAAUGUAAUCACUCCAGAAAUGUGUUUGUAAGUUAAUUCCACAUGGCUGGGUAAAUAGCUACUGACUUUAUUGUUUGAUUAGUAAAGUUUACUUGGGUUGUGUGUUAGAUAAAGAAUCUCUUCAAAGAUGAGCAACUCAUUAUCAGUAGAUGAUAAAUGGUUAGUUAAUCACUUUUCUAGGGUAACAUCUGGUAAGUGGCCUUUGUUGUGUCCAUGGGUAGUUAAAUACUUUUCUGAUGAUAUAGGCAUUUUUUGGUGUUUUUAGAUUUAUAGUUCCACUUGUUUCUGAUUCAUUAAAUGCCCCAUUUGCUGGCUUGUAUGUAGAUCAGAUUAGUCAGUGGAUCCUGUGAAGGAUUGAGCGAUUACAGUGACACACUCGUGUUGCUGGUAUACAAUAAAAGUAAGCAACAGAAUACAAUUGCUACAAAUUUAACUAUGCUGAAUCUUCUUUCUACAACAGUUUAUUUGCUUAAACCACUUUUUAUAGUUGUUUUCAUUACCAUCAUCCCUUCAGUGUGACAAAGCAUCAACAUCAAUAACCCUUUUGUCAGCUUAAAUUUACAGCAGUUUAGGGCUCUGUUAGACCCAGGUCUGUACUUGUGAAUGUGAGAAAUGGCAGUUCACAUGGGAAAUGAUUCUGUUAACACACCUACGUGUGUCCAUUACUUAUGGAAAUACAAUCAAAUUAUUUUAAGAGCAGUUUUUUUAAAUAGAAUUCUAUGGAUAAACCCAUUUCCAUAUUCUAAUAACCAUAUACAGACUCCUGAAUUCUAGAAAUAUUAGUCAGUUCGUGCGAAAAAAGCCAGUGGUGUUUAUAAUACAAAAGUUAAAAUGUGAUCUUAUCCAAUAGAUUUUUGGAAUCUAUUUUAAGGUGACUGACAUAGGAAAGUGCUAAAUUUCUUGUUAGAAAUCAUGUAGAAAAAGCUAUUUGCAAAAUGUAGACAAAAAUGGCUGAUUUGAUAACAUUUGAAAAUGUUGACAAAAUUGCUGAUUUAGAAAAAUUAUCCAACUCAACUAUAGUUUUUGCUUCGAUAUUUAAGCCAGCAGUUUGAUGUUUAGAUGACAUAGCAGUCGAAUGAGCUGUUUCAGACUUGAAUUUCAUCCCUAGAUAUAUACCAAUUCUGGGGGAAAUGUAAGGAUGUCAGGAUGAUGUUAACUGAAAAUAUAAUUCUGGCCUUUAUUUAAUAUUGUUGGAUAAGUUUUCCAAAUGAAUUAAUGUUUUUCGAUAAACUUUUAAAAUGUCUUUUUAAAUAUUCCAAAAAUAUAUUAUCCAUUGGCAAAUAUAUCAAUAUAUAAGAAAAAUUUCAAAAUAUUACAUAAUUAAAAUACAUCUCAAAAUAUUAAAUCAUUUUAAAAGUUUAACCAAAAAAUAUUAAAUUGUUUGGAAAGCGUAUCCAACAAUAUUACAUCGAGAGCUACAUGGCAAGAGAAGGUAAACAUUUGUGGUUCAAUUUAAAAAAGCUUAUGACCGUGGGAGGAGUGUACAAAGGAAUAACUGUUUUUGCAUGCACCGCUAAAAGAUUACAGAUCCCGAGAAAUGACUCAGCGGAUCCAUUCACAUCUGGAAUAGCAAAGGCCUUGCACAAUUCCUGCCACUACCUACGAAAAACUAACAAGAGCCCUUCUUAGUUUUGUUGUAGGUGCUGUUUAAUUUACUGAAGAUGAAGCUGCUACUUGCUAUAUCUGUGUUUGUCAUCGCCCUCUCCGUGAUGAUUGGUAAGUUUAAAAUAACUCACUAGAUGCCAUGAAUUAUUUGGAGAUGCCUUCUUCGGCCAUUUUUCACAAGGAUUAUUAGACAUUGUAUGUGAUCCUAUGAAUGUCCUGCAAAUUAAUACGAGAUUGUUUUACGGAUACCUGCUGUGUUUUCCUUUGUUAGUAAAUAAAUUCUACAUAAUGCUGGGCAGCACUUUGUUCAAAUAACCCAAUAGGAUUUGGAAUUGGAAAAGUGUCUGGCACAAAAAAUGUCCAAGGUGGCAUCUCUGCUUGUUAUUAAUUUUUUUUUUGUUUUUUUUGUUAUAUAUAUAUAUAUAUUAAAUGUGAUGUUUUAAAGUAAAGAUAUAGGAAAAACCAGGAUGAAAUGUAACAAGGUAAUAGACAGUAUUGAGAAAAAUUAUAUGGAUGAACUAUUUAAAAGGCUUUGAGGAUCACUAAAGGUCAUGGCAGAUCCUGGGUGGGUGCCCGGGCGAUCUGUAGAUAGAAGUGGUUUGGUGGGUUGUGCAAUGCUAGGCUCCUUCUCCUCACUUUAGGCCUGCCUCUUUCAAUAGACUUUGCCCUUUGCAAUUGGCACCAGGUGAGCACAGCUGGAAGGAAAAAGUUACAAUUUGAUAAACUGUUUGAGGACAACAUGCCAAGCAGCUUGUAACUUUUGCUUUUCAGCUCUGCUGCCCGGUACCAAUCACGAGGGACUGAGCCUACUAAGUGGGGUGGGCCUAAUGUAAGGGAUAGUGCCUAGUCCUGCACAACCCUCAGAUUCGCUUGUAUCUACAGAGCUCUUGGAUGCUUUCCACCCACCCAGGAUCAGCCCUGCUAAAGUUUCCCAGACUCAUUCAUUUCAAUGAACUGGUCUGGGUGCACUGGUCCAUUAAUUUUAACCCUGAUCAAUGUAAAGAAUUGUCGUUUAGUAGAUAUGGCAAUCUUAACAUUGAAGGGUUAUAAUGCCUCUACAGGUUGUCUUCCUGACAUCCAGUAGAGGUACUCCCACUGUGAGAACCGCAUCAUAGGUGGUUCUCACAGCUAACCUCUAUUUCAUUGGGUAAGGGUAGCGCUAGCCACACAUGUGCUUUUUGUUCCCAAUACUCCUCUAUGAGGAACAUUGGAUUGGAUGCAAUAAACAUGUUGGAUGCAUGGACUCGAACUUGGUGCUGGAAAAAUAGUCAAGUAAUGUCCUUUAUUACAGUAAUAUUUAGAUGAAUGUUCCUUUAACCCCUUAAGGACCAAACUUCUGGAAUAAAAGGGAAUCAUGACAUGUCACACAUGUCAUGUGUCCCUAAGGGGUUAAAUGAGGGGUAUAUGCCUUAGUAGGGUUUGUAAUAAGAAUAGGUAUAUGGUCAAGAAGCGAAGUUUAAGGAGAUAAUUAUGAAAGGCUGGAGGAAUUAUAAGGAAGGGUAUAAGAGAAGUUAUAGGCAGUAACCGCACAGGUCUUAGAGAGGGCUACGUAGUAACAAGAUAAAUUUCUAAGAUUUUGUAUAGGCAGCAACAAGAUGGAUUUUAAUGAGGAUGGUAAAUGCAACUGUAGUGGCAUAGGAAAAAAGAGGAAGUUAUACACUAAAUAAUGGAAAUAGCAGUAAAAUGAGUUAGAAGACAGCCAUAUCGAGCAAUACCAGCAGUAAUGGGUGUGCAUGUAUCAAGAGGUGCUAUUGAGGUAUAAGUAGCACUAUAUGGAGCAAUACAAAAUAUUUUAAGGAGCAUGCAUGGUCUGUGGAUUAUUACAAUAAUCUGCUACAGGCUUCAUCUGUGAUUUACAAAAGGCAAGUUAUAGGUAAAAAUAAACCAGGAGUACACUGAGAUACAGACCAAUGUGAUAUGAACUGUCUGGAGGAUUGAUUCAAACAUAGUCCUCUCCAUUUCUCCUACUCCAAUCAGAACCCACUUCAGCCGACUCAGACUCUCCGAGCAUCAAAGAUCGAUUUGAAUCCAUUGGUGCUUCAAUUUGGGAUGCCGCAGUUAAAGUUGGAGAAAAAACGAAGUCUGCAUUCAAAGGUCUGAGUGAAAGCGAACCUAUUACCAAGGCAAAGUAAGUUUCGUAUGCUAUCGUAUAUUCCAAAGGCAUUUCCUAAUACCCCUGCAAUACACCACAACUUCAAAAAUAUUCUGUGCUCUAUAUCUUAAUAUUACAUCAACGGUCUUGUAAUGAAACUCUCCUUGGAAAAAAAAUCCAGGCAGGAGACCAGCUGCAGUCCUACACAAGGUUACAGGAGCAAUCAAAUUCAUAACACUAAUUUUAAUGAAUUAUUUAUAUAGCCAAUAUCUUAAUAUUUUAUAUUUAUAGAUGGCUAAAUUACCUGCAAUUAAAAAAAAUAAAUAAUAAUUUCCAUUAUUUGCUCUUUUGCUUAUAAAAGUCAAACUAGAGAAUUUAGUAGCAUUACUUUAAUAAACUGUUGAUAAAAUGCCCCAAAAAAAGAGUGUUAAAAGAAUAUAAAGUGUAUUUUUAAUGUGACAUUUAAUAACAACUUUAUUUGAGUGGUAAAUUACCAGAAUGGGCUAAAUGCAAAUCUCCACCCCCGCAAAAAAAUCCCCCCCCCAAGUAAUUAUUUGUUAAUGUCUAUUUUUUCUUUUUAGACAUAAUUAGUAAUCCUUCCCAACAUGGUAUUUAUGCUUACGAUAUGAGCUUCUGACACAGGGCCAAUAGGUGUUAGAAUUCUGUAUUAACUGAGCUAGUCGUAGAGUGUUGGGAUAGUAAAACGUAAUUUAUGGAGUCAUGUUCAUGGGCUUCUGAAUAGCAAUGCUCCGGUCCCAGGCCUGACAUUUACCAUUCCGCUUUGUGCUAUAAGGAGUAAUAACCCUACUGCUGUACAAUCGGGACGAUAACAACUAACAGUGAAGGUAAUAAUAAAGAAGUAUCUCAGAUAUACCACCUACAAUGUUAUUUACUAAACUGAGAAUUCAAAAGGAAUUUAACAUGUGACAGCAAAAUAGCUGAACUGAAAGUAAAGCAGUUUUGUCCAAUUUAGUUAUUAUCUCAGUGGGCUAAUACACCAUCAGUAGAAUAUUUUUAACUCUUGGGUCGCAGGUUCAAAUCCCCGGCAGGGUUGACUCAGCCCUUCAUCCUUCUGAGGUCGAUAAAACGAGUACCAUAAAAUUCGGUAAUAGUAACAACCCAUGAACGUUGGGCUAAGGGUAACAUCCCCAGGAUGUAAUUGAAAACCAGAGUAAUCUGAAUGUACCUUUCCUGGUUAAAUACUUUGUUAUUAUUAUUUUGACCAUACAUUUGAAAUUAACUUUGAAAUUUCUCUUAAGUGAAAUAACCCUGUCGGUACUUAAUUUGCUUUGGACUAAUGUUCCCAUAAUUCCCAGCAGCAAACAAAAAUGAACAAAAAACAUCAAGGUGGAUAGCAGAAAAGUUACCUUAAACUUGUAAAGGAACUCAUCAUAUUUCAUUGAGAAAAUCUCAUGACACGAGGUAUAGGCAGUUUUAUUCCCAAUAUGAAACAUCAUUUAAUUAUUGAACAUUUCCUUAAAACCAAAUUGUUCUAUUUUUUAUAAUUACAGAAAAAUAAAGAUCUUUUAUUUUUUUUGCAGCCCAAUCUGACGUUGCUGCAAAUGCUUUAUAUUUCAGACUGGGGAAAAAUAAAACCACACAAAAAAAACACCACCUCUUUUUGUAAGCUAUUUUGGCCUACAUUUAGCAUAAUUAGUGUUAUUUCAUUGAAUAAAACUCACAUUGAUUUAACCCCUUAAGGACACGACAUGUUUGACAUGUCAUGAUUCCCUUUUAUUCCAGAAGUUUGGUCCUUAAGGGGUUAAAAGGAUCUUUAGGCAAAACGGUCAGAGAUCAGGUACAAAGUAAAAAGUUAAACAUCAAAGCAGAGGUAUUGAAUAACAUCCCACACAAAUGUUUUUGAACUGCAACCCCCAUAAUGCUCAGUAAGUCUAAAACUGGCAGAAAAUGAUAGAGUCCAGCUAAAAACAGGGAAGGGCAUGGAUUGAUAUUUCUUCGUUAGAUGGAUUUAGAUUCAUGUCAAAUGCCUUCAAUGACACAAAAACGACAAAUCACAAAUAUCAAUGCAUUUAUUUUUUUUAGAAUUUCCUAUGAUUCCACACAUACACAUCCUGAAAUCAGGCAUCUGAAAUCAAUUUGUUGGGAACUGCACUCAUGUUCCUCAAGACCAAAUAUAUUAAUAUUUGCGUAUAUUCAUUAUUGCAGAGUACCUUUCGCUUGACUGUCCAAAAAAAUAAUAAUAACUAACUAGAAAAGCUACAAUUUCUGGGGAAAUUGUGUGAAGUGUUCUUGCCUCCACCAGUAGUCUACAACUGGAGUGGGCGGAGUAACUGUUAUUAUUUAUUUAUAUAGCACAUUUAAUAGCAAUGUUGUUGCCCAAAGUGCUUCACAGUUACAUUAAAACAUACAUUGAUAAAAACAUUAGCAGGUGUACAAAAGGCCCUGUCUAUGACAUCACUUGCUGCUCCAGCUUGGCACAGGUCAGAGUAUUUUGUUGGUUGUCAUCUUCAAACGGUCGUAUUGUAAAAACUAUAAAUCCUACAGCGAAGAGCUUUAUAUUGUGAGAAUCACAAGACCCAGACCUACAUUUUGAUGCCUAGUAUGUCUCUGAAAUAUUACAAAUGAAGGCACAGUCGCAUUUUAGAAAUUGCCCUUCAAAUGUGAGCUGGCUAGAGUGGAGUUUCAAUGAAUGUCAAGGGACGGCGUGAGUUGCAAACAAAUGGUCAUAUUGUAAAAACUAUCAGGACUAUGGCUUAGCUGUGGACAUGUUUAGUGGCAGCAGGGAUAGCCGAACGUUUUGAUAUAAGAUUUGUGUAGGUGGGCUUGAAAAUGAGGGAGUGGUGGCAGUUUAGAAAUCAUGUCCUGAUUUUUCAGCUUUUGCCAGCUCCCACUCUAGUUUUGAACAUUUUGCCAUUCAUUCCUUUGGGACCAAUUUCGCCACAAGAACGACGAUAUUCCGUGAACCAUUCGGCGAAACGUUCCACAAAGUAAUAACAAUCCAAUGGGGAACAAUCUGCACGUUUUGGUAUAUUACUGUCUAUGUAGUGUAAAAACUGUGGGAGGAGUUAGGGUGGUAAAUUUGGCUAUAAUAAUAAUAUAUAUAUGAGAUAACUUUAAGUGGUCUUGCUAUGCAAGAACACUUAAUUAUGAAAAAAAUUUUAUUAAAAAGAACAAAACAUGCCAAAUGGCCCCAAGUAGAGAGGUAACAUUUUUUUCUAAAUAAAUAAAUAAAGCACCAUGUACAGCAUAUAAUGUCACGAGGGGUAUAUUUGGAGGAACCUCAGUUACAUGUUGUAUCCUGUGCUGUAUUCUUGUACACGUAUAGUAAGUACAUCACUAUAUCCAGAUGAAGUUCUUGCAUAAUAUUUGACUGUCUCUCUUAAUAUACCUUCUGUAUUUUUUUUUCCAGAGGCUGGAUCAGUGAGACAGUACAGAAAAUAAAGAAAAAGGUAUCGUCUGAUUAGAUGAGCCACUGGAUCCUGCUUUUUGACACUGUAAUUCUUGCUCUGUUUCACUUGUUAAAGAAGAAGAACUCUUUCUGUUAUCACAAUGCAAUGAACCCUCACCCUAUGGGUAAUCAAUAAACAAGAUCCAUGUUAUCUGAGUGUCAAUAAUUUAACUGGCAGUGGGACAAAAUACAUGGUGUUUGCUCACUGGGUAGCAUAGGAUGUCAUAAAAAGAAAUGGUUUUAAUCUGAAUAAGAAUAAAAUAUCCAUUCUACUGAAUAUCAGUAAACUGAGUGGGAUCUUUACCUGUUUUUCUUUAUUUUGAUAGUAGUUAUUAAAUUAUACGAUUGCCUUAAUGGCAAAUAUUCUAUGGGUCAGCCUUCAGAAACAUAUAGCAAACAUAUGACCAUUUGCCUGGUUUGCCUGAUGGCCAGUCUGACCCACAAAAUGGUAGGUAUGAGGGCAAGUGGUGCGUGCGUAGUGCAGAUUGUAAAUAUCUAAUGGAAAUGGCCCUGUAGCUAACCAAUGAUUGGAGGCAAAAUUAAAAUAUGGAAACAAAAAGAAAAAUCAUUUUUGCAGUUUUAAUGUAAGCUUCCAUGGCAGAAAGCCAACUCUACCUUAAUAAAAUUCCAGCCAGGGGUCAAAUCUUUACAUUUAAGUAUAGGAACUUUGUUAAUAUGACAGCCAACCUCUGACAGCAUGUCAGUCUGUCAAAAUGCUUUUCCGACUUUUGUGAAGGGAGAAGCACAAAUGUAUGUAAGGAAUACUUGGGAUUUAAAAGUUGCAUAUGAAUAAUUGAAGGUACUCAGAGGCGUAACUAGAAACCACGGGGCUCUGGUGUGAAAAUUGCCAUGCUUCUCCCUCCUCCCAGCCACUCCUUGUGUCACAUUCAUGCCCCCCCAGCACCUCCAUGUGCUUCAUACAGGCCCCACAGGGUGAGUGUGGCAUGGUAUGGGGGGAGGGGAUGAGUGUGACAGAACUGGAGGGGUUCAUGUGAUAGGGUGAAAAGGGGCGAGUGUAACAGAGUGAUGGAGAAUGAGUGUGACAGCGCUAGAGAAGGUGAAUGUGAUAGGUUAAUAUGGCAGAGUGAUGGGAGGUGAGUACGGCAUGGGUCAUACAGAUACACUCAUACAGAUACAACAGUGACACACAUACAGAUACAUAGGCAGACACUGUCAUACAGAUAUGCAGAUAUACUGACACACACACACACAUAUACAUAAAGGCACACAAACACAAACACAUACAUACCACACACAUACAGAGACAAACAUACGGACACACGUACACAAACACACACACACAUGCAAAAUGUUUUAGUCACACUCCUGUUUCCUACCUUUUAGGUGAAGGAGGGUGUCUUUCUGUUGAGUCCAGUGGCUGGCUCAGGCUGAUCUGAGUCAGAGUUCCCACUCUGACUCCCUCCUCUCCUUCCUCCUCCCGCGCAGGUCUCGGUGAUUGCUGGGAGGAGUGACUGGGACGGUUACUUCUUCCCAGCUCUGACAUCAGCACAGGAGGCCCAGUCACGCUGUUAAAGCGCCGCAGCGCUGACCAGGCUCCCUGGAAAUCCUUUGUCAUCUGGUUGCCCUAAAAGCAUGGGCCACCCGAUGGGCGAGCCAGGCACCCCAGUCACAGGGGUCCGAAGGGCAGUCUGGCCCCCUGGAGUGAUGGGCCCGGUGACCGCGGUAGUUCUGUCACUGAAAGUACUGUACUUCUCCACGUGCUUCUCUGCAAUUUUAAAUGCUCAGUGCUGUGUAAGGAUGCUCACACCUUUCAAAUAAUGAUUUCCCCUUCAUAGAAAGAAUAUUGGAACUCAGAGACAAGAGAGAAAUAUUCUGUCCAAUGGCCUGUAAUAGAGUUAAAAUGCAACUUUUAAUGCAUAGGUAAAAGAGCUAGAAACGGUGUCUAGCUCUUAAUAAGUCACACAAAAUGAAACCAAAAAGGGGGGAGGAAGGGGGGACUAAAAAGAAGGGUGAAGGGGGAGAAAUAUAUACAAAAAGUGAGCUGGUAAUUCCUCUAAGGUUAUUGCUUAGACAAGCAGUUGAGUAACUGCAAUUUAUCGUUCCACAAAUACGUGGGAUAGCAACUAGUCAGGAUAAAGAAUACGCUAUAGCAGUAUACCUAGAGAAAUGGUAUAAUGGAAACAAAGUAUCCUUGUAACCAAUAAUAUAUCAGAUAUCUAGAUCGUGUAUAGUCAGAUGUCUGGGUAGGGAAAUCGCUAAGUUUAUAAUAUAGCUAGUACAAAGUGCUGCAAGGGGCUGAUGUAGGCAACCCAGGAUAAAAGGCAGAGUGAGCUUAAAUCCAAAUGUAGCAAAAACGCCACUAAGUCGUACUUCCGAAGGAUAAUAAUGAUAACCCAGAGAAAAUAACCAGAAACAGCUAGUGCAUAUACAAAGAACCUAUGUGCCUAUAUGGGCACCUAUCUUAAGAAAGCAACACUGUGCCUUCAAGGGCACCUAAGCCAAAUAGUAUGCCACUACACUAGCUAGAAAUAAAAGGUAAAAUAUAGAAUGUCCGGUAGUCAGAUUAGUAAGCUAUAAUAGCAGAGAAAUCAAUGCCCUAUCAAGCAGAUCACUGAUCUAACCAGACUAAUGACAUAAGUAGCAAACUGCAGGAAUAAAUGGGUAUGUUAAGCUUCCAGAUCUAGUAAUCAGUUGGCUGCAGAAUAAGGCUACACUUGGCCACUUGGGCUCCUAUUUUAAAUGAAACUGAAAAUUCUACAACAGUAGAGAAAGAUUUUUGUUGGGAACAUCUCUAGAUAAAAGAGAACUCUUGGUAAAAAUACAUAUGCUCAUAUUUUCUUCUUAUUAUUAUUAGUAUUUAUAAAGCACCAACAAAUUCCAGAGCGCUGUACAAUAGGUGCACUAACAGACAGGUAUUCGGAACCAGCGAGCACAGGAACAGAUGGAGCUGAGGGCCUUGCUAAAAUGAGCUUACAUGCUAGAGGGAGCGGGGUAUAGUGACACAAAAGAUAAUGGUAAAAUAUAGGGGAAUAUGUAAAUAGAGGGAUUCUGGAGCCGCAUUGUAAAAGUAGAACAUUCACAAGAAGGUUUCAUUGGUAUCUUGUGAAUGUGACACUUGGUGACCGUGUAUCCUGUGAGAGUAUCUGUAAGUGCGUAGCUCUGUCUGGGAGUCCGUGCCAUGGUAUUCCUGUGAAUGUGUCAGUCUGGUACCCUGAGUGUGUCUCUGCCUCCAAAGUCACUUGGCAGCACACGACUAUCAUUCUAAAUUUGGGUUUCUGCAGAAAAAAAAAUGAUAAUAAAUGCUGAUUUCUUCACAAAACGCUUGGUAGUCAAGAUGGCUUGUGCCAUCUCUCUCCUGAUCUUUCAUGUAAGAUAGUGUAACGCUGAUUCACGUGAAGUAGUUCAGUUUUACACUCAUGUAACUGUGUUACAUGAAAGGUCAAGAGGGAGAUGACACAAGCCAUCUUGACUACCAAGCAUUUUGUGAAAAAGCCACCACCAGGAUCCGGUUAUAUCGGUUGGCCUAGCACAUUAUCUAAGGAAAUAAAAAACAAAUAUAUCAGAUGGACAGGAAAAUUUUUAAAAAACAACUUACCAAAUAGUGAAAAUAAAGAUAAGGAAAGCAGUGUUGUAAAUAAAUGAAAUUUAAGACACAAAAGAAUAAUACAAUUUAAAAAAAAAAGGCAUAUUCCCGUAUUGUAUUCCAAAGUCUGAUGUUUCAAUAGAAAUAGGGGGAUUUAAAAAAAAAAAAAGAAAUGUAAACAGCAAUCACAAUUAUAUAAAUGUACAAAAUGUGGGGAGUUUGUUCCCUAUAAUGUGAAUGGCAUAGAACUGACUAGGGAUUCUCAAAUUCCAGGUCAAAGAAGCCUAGUAUAUUGAUCAAACCAUGGCUUUUCCAAAUCUAAAUAUAUUCAGAACAUAGUGGCAUCUCAAAGUGUUUACUAAAGCCAAGCUCACAUUAUAACGAGUUCUAUUAUUAUUAUCGCCAUUUAUAUAGCGCCAACAGAUUCCGUAGCGCUUUACAAUAUUAUGAGAGGGGAUUUAACUAUAAAUAGGACAAUUACAAAUAAACUUACAGGAACAAUAGGUUGAAGAGGACCCUGCUCAAUCGAGCUUACAUUCUAUAGGAGGUGGGGUGUAAAACACAGUAGGACAGGAAUUUGCAAUCAAUUAAGGUGGGCUGCCCUUUAGGAGAGGGCAAGAGACAGGUAUGUGAGGUAGGGGUUAGUCUUGGAGGCCAUAAGCUUUCCUAAAGAGAUGGGUUUUAAGGCACUUCUUAAAAGAUGCAAGACUAGGGGAGAGUCUGAUGGCGGGAGGCAGGCUAUUCCAUAGGAAGGGAGCCGCCCGCGAGAAGUCCUGCAAGCGCGAGUUGGCCGUACGGGUGCGGACAACAGACAGGAGGUGGUCACGGGCAGAGCGGAGAGACCGAGAAGGGACAUACCUAUGGAUCUGUGAGGAGAUAUAAGAGGGGCUAGAGUUGUUCAGUGCUUUAUAGGUGUGAGUUAGUGCCUUGAAUUGACUCCUAUAGCACACAGGAAGCCAAUGUAAGGACUGGCAGAGGGGUGAGGUGUGAGAGAACCGGCUAGAGAGGAAAAUCAGUCUAGCAGCAGCGUUCAUUACAGACUGUAGGGGUGCAGUACGGCUUUUGGGAAGACCAAGCAGGAGAGGGUUACAAUAAACCAUGCGGGAAAUUACUAGAGCAUGGACAAGCUCCUUGGUAGUAUCUGGUGCAAGAAAGGGGCGGAUGUGGGCUAUGUUUUUAAGAUGGAAUCUACAGGAUUUGGCAACAUGCUGGUUGUGAGGCUCAAAGGUGAGACCAGAGUCAAGUAUGACACCAAGACAGUGCGCUUGCAAGGAUGGGCUGAUGUUGGUACCACAAACUUGAAGGGAGAGCGAAAGAGGAGGAUCAGUAUUAGGAGGAGGAAAGACAAGGAGCUCAGUUUUUGAGAGAUUGAGUUUCAGAAAGCGGGAGGACAUCCAUUCAGAGAUGGAAGAAAGGCAAGCAGUGACACGUUGCAGGACAGCAGGGGAGAGGUCGGGGAGGAGAGAUAUAGCUGGGUGUCAUCAGCGUACAGGUGGUAGUGGAAUCCAAAUGAGGUAAUAAGUUUGCCAAGAGAGGCAGUAUAAAGAGAAAAUAGAAGGGGACCAAGGACGGAGCCUUGGGGGACUCCAACCGAGACAGGGCGAGGGGAGGAGGUAUCAUUAGAAACAAGAAACACAUACAGUCUAGCCCCAGGAACUACAUCAUAUCUGGGGAAGGAGUGAAGAUUACUUUAUGGUUCGGGAGGGAUUGAUAGUCAUACCAUGACUAGGGAAGAAGGAAGUGAACACAUCCUCAUUUUCGAAGAGGUAGAUACAAGGGAUACAUUGAUUGAAACGGACAGGGAAGGAAAGGAUGGAGAGUUACUGGAGAGAUCAAUUCAUACGUGGUUUGAAAAGGAUGGUGAAUAAAGGACUGACUAUGAAGUGAACAUUGAAGAUGCAUGGGCAAAUAUCAAGGUGUAGAAAGGAUGGCGUCAUGUCUGGGAAGGUGAAACAGGAAGGGGACACGAUUGGGAGUGAGACAUCAUGGUAAAGGACUGACUAGGAGUGAAAAGACCUUUGUAGAUCAAAACAUGUAUACGAGGAAAUUAAGGAAAAAAUAAGUGUGCACUACCCCAAAUCCCUGUGCACAUUUAUAAUAACUGGAGGUUCUUAGUUUCACUCCAUGGCCAUUUCAGUGUUCUCUCACAUGACAAAUCAAGGCAAACCUCUUAGAUGAGUCCUACACUAACAAUUCACCUUACUGUCUUCAGCUAGAAGUAAAAUCUCUAAUGAGACAGAGAGGGGUAUGUUUUCUAAACCCCUACAUACUUAUUAACCCGUAAUAGGGAACACAUGGGCUGGGCAGCAGUGUUGUAACAUGGCUAAAUACAAAUACACAAAACAAGCCCUGCGCUCAAACUCCCACUGCUCCUGGGCAGCAGCAAUGGCCAUAUUAUAUAUAUCAGCCCCAAUACAUACAAUAAAAACCAAGGAAAAUAGUUACUUGUGCACUAUCCCAAAUCCCUGUGCACAUUAUAAUAAAUGGAGGUUAUUUAGAGUCACUUUAAUGGCCACUUGAGUCUAAGCUAUUCUGCUCACUAACAAUUCACCUUGUUGCGUUCAGCUAAAAGGUAAAAUCUCUAAUGAGACAAAGAGGGUUAUUUUUGUAAACCCCUUAAUACUUAUUAACCCUUAAUAGAAAACACAUGGGGUGAGUAGAGAAAAGUAGUUUCGCUCUUUGUAUUUUAUUGUAUCUAUUGGGGCCGAUGUGUACUAUAGUCAUUUCUGCCGCAACGAAGAAACGGUAAAUACAAUGACCCAUGUGUAAAGUGGUAUUCAAAUAACAAAGACGAAGCAAGAAAAAUCUAAACGGGGUUGUAGUGGAUCACGCCAACGAUAGUUCUGAGUCUAAAUAUAAGCAUGGGCAGUGCGUGUGUUCGGCGUAUCUCUUUAAGGGAUAGAUAAGAACAAGACUGAAAUAUGAAAGGAAUAUUUAUAAUGGACAGAGAACCUCACUUAUAAGUCACAUUAUUGCACACUCUGCAUUAUCUCAUCACGUUUUUACAAGGCCACGGGUGGGAGACCUUAAAGGAGGUUUCUGUCUCGAUACCUUACCUUUCUCACACGAACCUGCAAGGUGUAGCUCCGGGUGCCGACUCCUCCGACGAUGGCACGGCAUGUCGGACGCCGGCCGCUCUACGCACACCCCCACUUAUGAUGCAGCGUAUGCGUGCCGACGUCAUAACGGCCAUACCGCGAAAAUUUAAAGUAUUCCACACUCCCUGACAUUUUGGAGACGUGGAUUUAAAGCAACAGACGCCAUACUAUAAAAGGGCGCCUUUUGCCCUUGUUCAGUGCCCUAUUGUGGUUCAUUGUUUUGUUCCCUCUAGCGCUAGCUUAUUUCUGUCUGUGUUUCUUCGUAUUUGGACUCAGCUUGUGACUUUUGACUAUUCUUCGUUCUGGUAUCCUGACUUGGCUUGUUUUCUCGUUCUUCCUGUUAUCUGGUUCCCUGACUCGGCUAUUCAUUAUCGGUAUCCUGAUAUCUGGUUUCCCUUAUCCUUGGGUAUCCUCGUCUAUUCUAUCUACGUUGAACCCGGCCAUUCUAAGGUCCGGUAAUACGUUUUCUGUUUGGGUUAUACUUUGCCUGUUUGGGUCACUCGUCGUGACAGUUUCAUUACAAAACUAUGACUAUGUAUACAUAAAUAUAUAUAUUUAUUUUUUUCUAUUUAUUUGUUUUACUUUACUAUUAGCUAUUAGUUUACCCAGGAUGAACAACAAUCUAACACAACUCUGCAGUUCUCUACUAGUUCCAGAGCCCUUGGUCCAUCCUCUCUUUUAUUAAACCAUGCUAAACGGAACAAACAUUUUCAAACCAUACUCACAGAGGUUUCUGGUUAAUUCUUGUACCAGACUUGCUGAACCAAUAUAUUAGCAAUACUGUACUGUAGCACCCACCAUGCAUUUGUUUUGUUUGGCUGAACUGGCAAUGUUGUUCCACACCCACUGUGACAUUGUUUCACUGUAACUGUCUCUAAUUCUCUUCCUAAUAUUUUUGAAUAAAAUACAAAAUAAAGAUUGUCAAACGUCCCCCCCAAAAAACAUGCCGCAUGGUUAAUUUCUCACAUAUUUAUUCUUGUAGUUCAUUACAACGCAGAACCAUUUCAGUGGACACACGUCCCUGUACUUUGCACAGAGCAUUGUAUCAAUCUCCUCGUAUUAUGCAAUGUGUGUGUUGCAUCCUAUAAUACCUAAACUCUGAUAAGGUCACAAUGUGCUGAUUCUAGUGGAGUCAGUGUAUUUAGGAAAAAUCAGGGACCUUGUAGCCAACUGAUAUUUCAGUGUUGGAACAUAACAGAAACAACAUAAUGGAAUAUAUACAUAUUAAAUUUAAAAUAAAUUCAAAUCUGGUGGUCCCCAAGAAAAUAUAAUGUAUCUAUGUUAUCUAUAAUUCCCUUGUUUAUAUAACCCUACAGUAAUUCUCUAAGAACGACAGUUCUUUACGUGGUAUGUUUGCGGGUUUAAUAUCAGUUAAGGUGAUAUUACAAUUCCGCACUUGUUUUUGUUUGACAACAGUUUCUGAACUUUAUCCAGAAUGGCAUGUUUGUUUUAAACACGUCUACAAUCCAAAAUCCAAAAAUAUUUAAAAAGAACAUUCUGGGCACCGUAACCAGUUUCUUGAGAUGAACUGGUUUGAUAAGUUUGUAUUGUUUUACAAACACUAUUGCACUAAACCUUUUUUUUGCACUUUUUUGGAACGUUAUUUUGAAGUUUAUGGUUAAAGGACCACUAUAGGCACCCAGACCACUUCAGCUCAAUGAAGUGGUCUGGGUGCCAAGUCCCUCUAGUUUUAACCCUGCAGCCGAAAACAUAGCAGUUUUAGAGAAACCGCUAUGUUUACACUGCAGGGUUAAUCCAGCCUCUAGUAGCUGUCUCCCUGACAGCUACUAGAGGCGCUUCCGCGAUUUACACUGAGUAAAUCGCACUUAUUUGACGCUGGGCGUCCUCAUGGACCUCCAGCAUCAAAAAAGAUCCCCAUAGGAAAGCCACUGAAUAAUGCUUUCCUAUGGGUGGGUUUGAAUGUGCCCGUGCCUCUGGCCGCGCAUGCGCAUUCGGCUCCACUCGGGAGCUGACGUUUAUGGAGGAAUAGAGGUCACCAGUGCCGAGGUAGCCUGACGCUGGAUUAAGGUAAGCAAAUAAAUGGUUAAUUAACCAUUUAUUCGCCACAGAAUGGUGACUAAGGCUCUAUAGCGCUAGGAAUACAUAUUUGUAUUCCCAACUCUAUAGUGUUCCUUUACUGCACUUUAUAAUCUUGUUUGCAAUUUAGCACUUAAGAUUCACAUUCAUAUUUGUAUUAAAGGCACAGCACACCUUUAUAUUUAUAUAUAUAUAUAUAUAUAUUUUUUUUUUAGUGUUAUUAAGGUGAUCAGAGUGUUCUUCUAACCAUUUUCUGCUGGUGGUUAGCAAUCAUUAUUAACUUAAAAGUGGGAUUAAAUUUUAUUAUUGUCAUUAAUCACAUGAUCUUAAGACUGACAUAACAAACCAAAUGGAGAAUUUGAUGGUUUUGUGAUUAAAUCACUGGUUGAAAUUUAUUAAACGACAAGCAGAGAAUCAUGGGAUAUGUAUUUCUUGGGUGCUGCAGAUGGAACUAUAACCACGCACCUACACAAAGCCAUUUUAGAUGUAGGUUUGUGGUUUUUGUUUUGUCAUGUAAAUAACUGUUGUAAAGUGUGAUAAUUUGGGGGAUAAUUGUUGGUUUGUUGAGAUGUGUCAUCAAUAGAUUUCUCCACAAAUCACUUUCACCUGUGAUAAACAAAUCAAAUUCAUGUUAACCUACAUCGGAAUGUAUCAAUCUGAUGUGUACAUCCAGGGUGGAUUGAUUCGUUCGGGCACAGAUUAACAGGGAUUCAAUUCGUUCGUCGCAGGUGAAAAGCAUUUGUGCAGAAGUCUAGGUGUCAAUACUUUAUCAAGUCUUUUUGGCUGCUGAGUUCAAAAAUGACUCUUAAUGCAUCAAUACAAUUUUUACAGAGUGUUUGUGAUUGCUAGAGCUUUGUGAUUGCUAGAGCUUUACUGCUUAAAAGCUGGUGUGACAAUGGGCAAUGAGGACAGUUUCGUUCGUUUCAUGAUUUGGAACUCCAUUUGUGGUAGCAAAAUAAUGUUGAUGGAUGAGAAGGGGACAACCACUAAAUUGAUUUUAUAUACAGAUUAUGUGAGAAAUGAUUAUAUAUAUAUAUAUAUAUUAUAUUAUAUGUUUAAUAAAAAUACAUUAUUCAUAAAAAUAUAUAUUUUUUUACUGCUGCUCUUUUCUCUCUCUCUAUUGGUUACAUUUUACUUGAUUCAUGAACAAAAUGACGGAAAAAUGCACAUAUGCAAAAUAUAUACAUAAUAUUUAUAUAAUCUAGAUAUUUUGCAGUACACUGAUAGGACCAUUUUGUCACCCUUUUUGUUUAUCUGAAUCUUUUUUCCCAAAUCUGUUUGGUGGACGACAUCCGUCCAAACUAAAAUGUCAAAUUGUGAUAAAUUGAAUUGGUCAAACCAAAUUGUUUGGCUGUGCUGGAGUGUAGUGAACUUAUUAUUGAAGAAAAUAAUCAUUAUGUGUGUAAACAAAAUAUAUAUAUACACUUUACAGGAUUCAAAGUAACAAGGAUUUACUUAAAUGAAGUCAUGCAAUUGAAAUAAGCCUGGGAAAAAUUUAUUUGUAAAAGAAAACUAAGUAGGGACUAAGGGUUUUUAAGGACCUACUUAAGAAUUCAAAAAUGUCUAAGGUUGUUUCUUGGCUUGUUGUAAUAACUAUGGAUUAAGCUACACACUUUUAUUAAACUUACCUUUGAGAGCUUUUUCUUUCACAAACAUAUUUUAGCAGCUUAGGAUUCUAUUUUUACUUCCAAGAUGGCAAGUUAUAAUUAAUAUUUUAAACAAACAAAUUUGCUUGGUUUUGCUGCUUGGCAACACUGUGAUGUACAAAACAACCUGUUUGUGUCAUAUUUUAUUGAAGAAUGGAUUAUAAACUUGAUAGAAGAAAGAUGACAGAGUUUGUAUUCAGGGUACUAAUAUACUAGUAUUAUAGUAUGCUACUUAGUAUAUAUAUAUAUGAUAGUUUAUCACUAAUUAAAAAGGAUGAAUAUGAAGAUACAGUUUUAUUUUAUUAUUCACUUGCGGGAAUUUUCCUAGAAUAUAGUGUAAUUUUGAAUACCAAUCUUCAGAAUGGAAUAAAUGCAUUAAAAAAAUGAAUAGGCUUUUAACCUAAAGCAAGGAUGGCUAAGUUAUAAAUAGCAAGAAGGGCCAUAAGCCUUACUUAAAUGUGAGUUACAAUAAGUUACAAUAUAUUAUUCAUAUUGUGUAGUUACCAUGUAAAAAACGUCACCUUAUAUCUUUAGUACCAUUUGAAGAGGGCAUGAAAUAGACCUUCCCCAUCUAUCCUUUCAAUGUUUAAAAUUACAUAAUGGACCUUAUAGCUAAAAAGUGAAGUUUCAUCUCUUGAAUAACAUGACUCCAGUUAUCAGGUAAUGUCUGAUGUAAUAGUACCACUGUUAUGGGCAAAUGCAAAUAUUGUAUUUCUCAAACUGUGUACUUUGUCUUUAAGAAAUAUUGCAAACUGACAAGGUGUUAGAAAUGGAAAAUAUUGUUUUUCAUCCAUGUUUCUUUAAGCAAUAACCUUUUACUUACUUUCAGUGCAUAAUAUGUUUACGUUAUUUUGUCCCAGACGAAAUACAAUAACAAUAAUGCAUAAACAAGCUUCAAAGCUAUGCUACGACUCUUUCAGUACAUAAUAUACUGCGGUUACCCUAAAUAGAUAAGAUGUUCAGACUUUAAGAUCUUGCCCUAAGUCAGGGAAUUUCCCAUGACGUGUACACCCUUACGUUUUAGUUAUGGCCUUUGCCAAGUUAAGGGAGGUCCUAAAAUUAAUAAAAGUAAAAGAAGUUUGACUUUUUCAUAUAUGAACUACGGUAACCCUAAAAUGAAAAAAGGUAUAAAUAUGUGUACCUUUUAAAUGUUAACAGACAGAUGAGAGAUUUGGAGACAGAGACACUGUCGCUCCAUAUUAUAAUGACUGAGAGAUGUUGACAUGUUCAAGAGGGUAUGUGAGUCUAUUUAAAAUGAUAUUGCAAGCAUAUAGUUUAACCUUAUAAACUCUGCUAUUAAUUAUUGUGAUAGAUUUUACAUGUCUAUAUUUAUAUUUAAUAAAAUAUCUAAAAGACAAAACUUAAUUGCUUCCAAGACAAUCCUUAUUUUAUAUUGUAUUCUCAAUUAUUUAUACAUUUUAAAUAGAGGCUCUCUUACUGACUAUAUAAAAGUAUGGCUAAGAUAUCGGUAUGGUUAGUUUUGCUAAGUUCUUUUCUUUAAGACGUUAUAGUGGUUAAUAAGGGAACCAGCUGCGGUUACAUCACCGUGUCAGUCGCCCUGACACAAAAUAAACCAACAAACAAAAACAAACAGGUGAAUAAUGGUAACUUUUACUACUUAGAGAUUUUGAAAAAGUACAUUUAUUCCACACCUUUAAGCACUCAACCUCCUGGAGUAGGGCACAUCAAAUACAUAUAUCAAACAUAACAGGGCUACAUGCAUAGGUUAUCCUAAAUGGGGCUAACAACUGUGACUGUGGAGUGUGCAUGUACACCUGGCUGACAUCGCAUCAUCAGCACAAACAUAGACAACAUUUUGGCCAAAACGGCCUUUGUCACAUCACAAACAUCAAUGAACAAUAACUAACCUGUUUAUAUACCCAAAACCCAAUACAUUCAUUGGAUAAUACAAUUUUACAGUUUUACACAAUUUAAUACACUUACAAAUGUAUUCCUGCAUCCCACUUUUUGCCCAUGUCUCCAUUACCCAAGGAAAAGGAAAAACAUCACUUAUGGUGCAAUUUUACAUCAUAUUUCCUUUUACUUGUGUAAUGGAGACCUGGGCAGAAAGGUGACCUACUGGAAUACAAUUGUAAAUGGAUUUCAUAGUGUAAAACUGUAAAUAUUGUAUCGUCCAAUUAAUGUAUUGGGUUUUUGGUAUAUAAACAGGUUAGUUAUUGUUCACUGAUGUUUGUGGCGUGACAAAGGUAGUUUUGGCCGAAACAUUGUCAACUUAUGGUAUUUGCUUAUGCUUAUUGUCUUUAAUAAAGUCUGCAUGAAUAAAGAAGCUUUGAGUGCCCAUAAAUUCUAUUUGUUAUUGCAAGAGUUAUGUUGUGGUUCAUCAGCCUCGAUCCGAGCACCAACCAUGAUGAGUGGUCUGGUAUGGGUAUCGCGUAUCAACAGGAGUGCAGUUACUUUUUGUUUAAUGGAAUGCAUCACAUCAUCAACACAUUAUUGGCCUGUUCCACACUCAGCCUCAAUGUUUGGAGGUGUGCUGGUCUGCUCAUGGAACUAAAUAAACUUAUUAUGAUGUGCAAGUAGAAGCUAUGUUCAAAACAUUUUUUUCAAACCUUUUUGCUCAAACUUGUACAUCCAAAGCAAUUUAACUUCCAGUCAAAAAUACUUUUGACUAUAAACUGAGAGCAUUUAAACUAUUUUAUGACCUUUAAAACAAUGAAAUUGUGUCAUUGAGGGUUUAGUGGUGUUUAAAGGUUGAACAGUCAUGAAAUGUUUAAACCAAUUUUUGUGCAAUCAGUAGAAAAUAGUGAACAAAAAGGCAACUACUCUUCAACUUGUUAAUUUUUAACACUAACAGUAAACAGUAUGUUUGAUAUCUUUAAGACUAGGAGUUAGUUAAACUCUCAACUUCUUAAGGAGCAAAGACUUUUCAGGAACACAAACAUAUAUUCCUGACUCCAUAUUGUUAAAAUCAUCAUCAAGCCCUCCCUUCUCUCCCGUGCCCUCCUAAAUAUAGCAAAUUCUUACCUCUACUUCAAUCUGCUGCUGGCUCUCCCCCUGAUCCGUCUGCUUGGCUGAUAUCAUCAGAAGUGAUUUUCUCAUAGGAAAGCAUUGGAUUGGCUAAGACUGUCAAGGAGGCAGAUCAAUGGCAGAACCCAGACCAAUUAGCAGCUUCUCAUAGAGAUUAACUGAAUCAAUUCAUCUCUAUGAGGAAAGUUCCAUGCCUCCAUGCAGAGCGUGUAGAUGCUGAACAUCGGUCACAUUGUGCAGCACUGUGCCAGGAAACAUCUGUAGUACCCAUCUGAGGAGUGGCCAUUGGAGGUAUCCCUAGGCUGUAAUGUAAACACUGCAUUUUCUCUGAAAAUACAGUGUUUACUGCAAAAGACUGAAUGAUUAUACUCAUCAGAACAAAUACAUUAAGGUGUAGUUGUUCUAGUGACUAUAGUGUCCCUUUAAUUAGUAUCUGGUUUGUUUAAAAAUUGACCUGCCCUACAUACUAAGAAGCUGGUUAGAGCUCCAUUGUGUCUCAUGUGAGAAUAGGGCCUUUAAAAAUAAACAUACACCCUCACUGAUUCUUAUGGGGUUAAUAUAAUUAAUAUAAUGUAGUAUGGGGUAUAUCAUUGAUUUUUAUGAGUUUAACAAAUAUAAACAUGUGGGGGACAGGGCCUGACCAGCAUUGCAGCCAGAUGUGCAGAGUGUGUGCUUCUCAUAAACCUCUUGUAAAAUUUGAUAUUGCAGUGGGAUUACACUCUCAAACUGACUAAAUGCUGUUUCCUGCAUGCUGUGGAGCUUUAUCCCACAAGAUUAGAAUCUCACUUUAUUUCCUGCGGUUUUCUCUAGAGGUGAGAAAAAUGGCUGACCUCCCGGCUGGGAGCUACUAUUUUCCAUAAAAUAUAGACAAUACAUAGAUCCAUAAAAUAUAGACAACACAUUUGUUUGCUCAGACAGCGGUGUUACUAGCUUCACCUGGAGCUUGAGCUGAAAGCAACUUUAUAACCUCUACCAUAAAGCUGCACUGUCACCCCCCGAAAAAUAAGUAUUUCAUAAAAAUAGAAUCUUUUUUAAGAUAGAAUUUAUUUUUUUAGAAUCUAAUUUUGACUGUGUUGGAAUUUCACUGAAAUUUCAACCCAGUCAAUUCACUGAAAUUCCAACCCAGUCAAGAGAUAUACAGAGACAAAUUAGGGCUACUCAGAGGCGUAGCGUGGGGGGUGCAGGGGGGGCCGGCCGCACCGGGCGCAACAUCUGGGGGGGCGCGCUCGCACUCGCAGCUCUCUGCCCCUGCCUGGCUCACUCACUCUCUCUGCAGUGCUGGCUGUGCGAAUCCGAUCUGAGCCGCCGGGUCGCCGCCCACUGUGGAGGGGGGGGGGAUGCCAGGCAGGGGCGGGGGCUGGGCCGGGGGGCAGGGAGGCAAUUUCCCCCCCAGGCCGCCCUAAAGCAUGUUAAAAACGGCCGCUGGGCCGUCUUUAACGCAGGGCUAAAGGCAGCUGCCCCGGCCCAGUUCUUCCUAAGGGGCCACCAAAGCCUCUCUUGAGCCCCGCCGGCCGUGGCUACAGAAUUCCGAUCCUUCACUAUGCGGCCGGCAUUGCCGCAUAGUGUAGGAUGGACUGACUCGGUGGCUCCUCCUUCUGACCUCCCCUGCGCCUGAAUGCAAGCGCGUACCGUGACGCCAUGAAAUUAGUCACGGCCGGUAACAGCGCAUGCGCAUAGCCUCCAACUGAAGGACGCCGGGAACACCCUCACACCCUUUCUCCUAGCCGAGCAUCCUGAAAGAGCAGCUGCUGGUAUCUUCAGAGAAAGUGUUCAGAGAAGUGUAAGUAUUUUUUUUUUAUUUUUUUUUAUAUUGACUGUAAAGUAAAUUAUAGUUUUAGGAGGAGUGGGCAGUAAAUGCAAUGUGUUAAUUGUGUAUAUAACAAAAAAAUCUGCAAAAUAAGUUGUAAUGGUGGAAAUGUAUUUUUAGGGGGAGGGGGUGGGGGCAGUAAAUCAAUAUGUUCAUGUAUUGUAAUAAGGAGAUUUUUUUUAGGGGGAGGGGAUGGGGGGCAGUAAAAUGCAAUGUGUAUAGAUAAAAAAAAAAUCUGCAAAAUAAGUUGUAAUGGUUGUAUUUUUAGGGGGUGGGGAUGGGUGCAGUAAAUCAAUAUGUUCAUGUAUUGUAUUGUAAUAAGGAGAUUUUUUUUUUUUUUUUGUUCUUGAUAUUUUUUGUCGUUUACGAUGGUUGUGAGACGACAUAUAAUAGCAUGGCCCAUGCUAGGUUACUACAUUUGUAUAUUUGUAUUCAUAGACCUGCUGAAAAUGUGGAGAAUGUGUGUAAUGCAUGUUCGCACUCAAUAAAGUGUUGGAAAAUAAACUUGUAUUUAGAUGCAUUUUACUUUAAUUACAUAAGUAUUUUCAUAACAAACAAUACAUGUGCUUGGGGGGUAAGGGUUUCUUUAACUAAUCUAGUGGAAGAGACUCGAGUGCUAAAAUCCACAGGUUAGGGGGCGCAAAUUACUUGCCUUGCCCCGGGUGCUGACAACCCACGCUACGCCACUGGGGCUACUUUAUCGCUGUAUAUUUUCUCCACCUGACUUUCUUAGACUCUGGAAGGAAGUGUAUGUGUCAAUCCCGCCAGCCGUCACUAGUUGCGGAAAAUUAGCUCUGUCUAUUGCGUGAGAGUGCAGCAGUGACGUUGGUGCUGAAAAGAAGCAAGCCGAGGAAGAUUACAGUGCCCAUGAGGGACAGGUUCAGGUAAGUAAAUCUUACCUUUACCUGCCCCACCCCACCCGGCCAUCUCACAGCAGCAAUGUCAGGGGUCUUUGCAAAUUUUGCAAAAUUCCCAGAUCGUGACAGUGCCGCUUUAAAGCUCAUCCAUAGGAGCCAAACACCAGCUCUCCGCACAAACUUUGCCAACUAUGAGAGGCAGUCUGGUCACAAAAUUAAAACAGCUUUUGGAAAGAAGAACAUGCUACAUUGCCAAAUAUUUAACCCAAUCCUGUCUAAAUACAUUAAAGCGAACUUGUAAUGCUUUUAUUUUAUAUUGCCUUUCCUUAUGAUCCUGUCAGGCCUGGUGCAAGGAUUUUUGGCUACACAGGUGAACAUCAUGCCUUUUGUCACCCCGCACCCUUCCCCCCCAAAUAAUGCAUCUUCACCUGUGUGUCCCUUAAUUCCCCUCUUGAAUUUCGUACUCCUUUUUGUGUUUAUUAUCCACUCUUUUUAAUGUCUUACCCAUUGGCAUGCGCAGCCUAUUGCAUUAGGAUGUGCACCCUAAAGCACAAACACACGCAGCAUGUAUGUAUGUAUAUAUAUAUAUAUAUAUAUAUACACACACACACACAUACACUGUUGUUUGUGUGUGUGUGUGCUGUUACUGCGCUGUGUAAGGGUGCUGGUAGUGUGCUAUGUGGGUGAGGGUGCUGUUAGUGUGCUGUGUGUGAGGGUGCGGUUUGUGUGUGAGGGUGCUGUUUGUGUGUGAGGGUGCCGUUUGUGUGCUGUGUGUGAGGAUGCUGUGUGUGUGGGUGCUGUUUGUGUGCUGUGUGUGAGGGUGUUUGUGUGCUGUGUGUGAGGGUCCUGUUAGUGUGCUGUGUGAGGGCGCUGUGUGUGUGAGGGUGAUGUUUGUGUGAUGUGUGUGUAAGGGUGCUGUUUGUGUCGUGUAUUUGUGGGGGUGCUGUUUGUGUCGUGUAUUUGUAAGGGUGCUGUUAGUGUCGUGUAUUUGUGAGGGUGCUGUUUGUGCGAGGGUGCUGUUAGUGUGCUGUGUGUGAGGGUGUUGUGUGUUUGUAAGGGUGCUGUGUGUGUGUGUGUUUGUGAGGGUGCUAUCAGUUUACUAUGUGUGUGAGGGUGCUGUAUGUGUGAAGGUGCUGUAUGUGUGCUGCGUGUGUGUGUGUGCUGUAUGUGUGUGUGUGUGUGCUGUGUGUGUGAGGGUGCUGUGGGAGUGCUGUGUGUGAGGGUGCUGUUUGUGUGCUGUGUGUGUGAGGGUGCUGUGUGAGUGCGCUGUUUGUGUUAGGGUGCUGUAUGUGUGUAGGUGCUGUGUGUGUGUGGGUGCUGUAUGUUUGGAGGGAUUGCGAAGGUGGGGGCAGAUUAGUAAAUACCCCCCUCCCUUCUUACCUUAUGUAGGGAGGGGGAUCCUUGCUGCCAUGUGCCAUCCCUGAUGGUCCAGUUGAGAGUGAACUCUAGCCUGCGGGGCUAGAGUUCACUCUCGCGAGAUCUGAGCGUUGCCGUGGCAACGCUCAGAUCUCGCGAGAGGAACCUGGCGGAGCUUCUGUCUAGAGCUCCCCGGGUCCUUUCCUGCCUCCCUCCAUGCUGCUGUGGGCCGGUGAGGUAGAUCUUUGAUCUCCCCGCCGGCCCAUGGAGGCUUAGAGCAGAGCCGGCACUCAGAUAGCGCCGGCUCUGUAUGAGCCGACAGGGGAGAUCCGGAGAUCUCCCCUGCCGGCAGGGGUCAAGUCCUGGGGAAUAAAGGGUGGGAACUAUCCCAAGAAUCCCACCCCCCAAAAAAAAUUAUAUACAAUUGUAUAUAUAUACGUGCACACACACAUACACAGACACACACAUUAAUAUACACCCCACACAUUUAUAUACACAAUCACAUACAUUCACAGACACACACACACAUUCACAGACACACAUACACACACACACUUACAGACACACACACACAUUCACAGACACACACACUUACACACACUUACAGACACACACACAUACACACACUCACAAAUAAAAAAAAAUUUAAUUCAAAAAUGUCCACCCAGCCUCCCUACCUGGAGUGCUGGCGUGGACUUGUCCCUGGGGUCCAGUGGGUCGGGCGCCUUUCUCCAUCUCAGUGGCGGCGAGGGAGCUGUGUGCUCUCUGCUCCCUCUUGCCGCGCGGGCUGUCUGGUGUAGCUGGGAGCCGGAAUAUGAUGUCAUAUUCCGGCUCCCAGCUACUGUAGACAGCCCGUGCGGCGAGAGGGAGCAGAGAGCACAUAGCUCCCUCGCCGCGGCUGAUUGGAGACAGGCGCCCGACGGGGGAGUAUCACCUCUUGGCACCCCCCCCAAUGACAGGGGGAACACGGGGGAGGAGGAGGGCAUUUGGGGGCAGCAGAGUGCCUGCAGGAUCACUCCCCUCCAGCACCUUUGCGUGUCUCUUUCUACCUCAACCCCUUUACGUGUCUAUUUAUCCCUCCAAUCCCUUUGUGUGCCUCUUACUCUUCUCCAGCCCUUUGUGUGUCUCUUACUCCUCUCUAGCCCUUUUGUGUGUCUCUUUCUCCACCCAGCUCCCUUUGUGUAUCUCUUUUCCCCCUUUCAAGCCCUUCUGUGUGUCCUUCCCACCAGCACCAUUAUCGGGAUGAGAAUAUCAUUUUGCCUCUUUAUAAAUCACUGGUAAGAUCACAUCCUGAAUAUGUUGUGCAAUUUUGGGAACCAGUUCUAAAAUAGGAUAUUAUGGAACUAGAAAAAGUGCAGAGGGUUACAAAAUUAAUAAAAGGAAUGAAACAUUUUAGCAAUGAAGAAAGGUUAACAAAUUUAAACAUUUUUUAUUUAGAAAAAUGUCGCCUCAGAGGGGAUAUGAUAACAUUAUACAAAUAUAUCCGGGGCCAAUACAAACCACUGUGUGGAAAUCUAGGACACAAGGUCACGUGGUUAGACUGGAAGAAAGAAGAUUUACUCUAAGGCAAAGGAAAGGUUUUUUUUUUUACUAUAAGACCACUAAGGAUGUGGAAUUUUCUGCCUUAAGAAGUGGUUUUAUCAGAGUCCGUACAGAUGCAUACUUGCAAAAACAUAAUAUUUAAUGAUAAUGAAUCUGACUGGGGUCAAGAGGGAAUUUAUUUCCUAGUUUGUUGCAAAAUUAGAAGGGCUUCAAACUGGGAUUUUUUUGUCUUCUUUUGGACCAACAGCAAAAAACAAAUGUGAGAAAGGCUGAAUUUGAUGGACACAUGUCUCUUUUUGUCCUAUGUAGCCAUGUCUCUUUCUUUCCCAGCCCCUCUCUGUCACUUUGUGUUUCCCCCAGCCCCUCAUGUGGCUCAUCCCCUCCCAUGUGUCUCAUUCCCCCCAGCUCCCCCAUGUGUCUCAUUUCCUCGCCCCAGCCCCUUCUUGUGUCUCAUUCACUCCCAGAUCCUUCAUGUGUCUCAUUUCCUCCCCCAGUGCCUCUAUUCAUUCCCUCCCCAUGUGUCUCAUUCCCUAAGCCCCACAUGAAUGUAUCGGACCCUGGGUACACAGACCCAUUUCCCCCCCAUUAACUGGACGACACACAGUUCCAGGGGUACAACAACAACUUUAUUGGCCACAUUCUUCUUUAUACUUUCCCAAUGCAAGGGGUGGAACACAAAUUAAGACAAUGUCCCCUCCCAGGGUCCUUCCCUGCCCGGGGGUCGUAUAACAGAACCGGAACCCCAGUUCCAAUGUCCCUUGUUCCUGCCACUCAGUGUCCCCUCCCAGGGUCCUCCCCCUCCCAAGGGCCUUUGCGCGUGACAGGAACUCCGGUCCCUUUGUCCACCAUUCCCGCCACCCAAAUGCAGGGUUUCCCACUUAUCGUGGCAAGGGGGUCUUCUUCCCAGGAUCCUCUGUACCUGUGAGUCCCAGCACAGGAAAGACUUCCACCUCCUGGGCUCCCAGGCACCGAAACGCUCCCCCCCUCCCCCCAUAGUCCCCAAAGACCUGUCUACACCAAUCCCAGGAACUUCCAAAAUGGUGUCCCUGGGAUUCAUUUGUGAAGUCCCUGUGUAAAACCAGGCAAGGGAAGCGUCUCCUUUUGGGAUACGAAUGCUUUCAUCCAUACAAAUGGCGGUCAACCAAGGGGAAGCAAUCAUUAAUUACUUCCCUUGUGGUUUCACACUUGUUGCUAACUGCUAUUGUGGUUUUGCACGUAUGUUGCAAGUUGGAGAAUGUUCUAAUUGAUUGGCAUGAACAUUCCAAAUGGCAUUGGGGGGGGGUCCCCGUUCAGGAAACGAACGUGCCGGGACAUAAUCCGCGAAUGCUCCCCCUGGUUGGCGUUCAUAUAUACGAACUGGCUGCCACCCAGGAGACGCUUGUUUCCCUUGCGAUUUGUGAUUUUCACACCUCAUUAGCAAGGAGUGAACAUUCUGAAUAAACAUUCUAAAUGGGGUAUCAGGGUGGUGCCUGUUCAGGAGAUGAACAGGUUUUGUUCGUACGAGGUCUCCCGAACAGGUAGCAGGUAGAACACACAGUAAUCACGAAUACAUGGGGAACAUUGGCAAUUAUAUAAAGACACUUCACGGUUUAGCAGUGAUCCCGCUUCAAUGUAUUUCAUGCCUCCAAUCCCCAUGUGUCUCAUUCUCCCAGACCCCAUGUGUCUCAUUUCUCCAUGUGUUUCAUUUCCUCCCCUUCCUCACUCCCUUCUUCCCUCCCUCUAUGUAUCAUACCCCUCUCCCCCCAUGUUUCAGCUUACCUGUGCUGUGGCCGAGCCAUGGAGAGGAGCUCUCCCAGUGAGCUACAGAAGCUCCUCUAUCCCCGGGCCCUGGCUUUGCCAUGCUACAUGCUGUGGCAGGCUGGAGGGGAGGGCUAUGCAGUGCCCUUCUGCCGGUCACCCAGAGAGUGCACCUUAUGGCAGCGCCGGCCAUGUACAUUAAUGAAUAUACUUCCCUUAUUGCAAUUACUUAUAUUUAUUAUCUCUUCUCCCUUCUGCUGGAUCACAAUAUCUGGAUGCAGCCAUUAUUUCUCCUCUGUCCGUGAUGCCGGUUGUUUGCCCUUAUAGAGGACUGAUUUUAUUGAUCGAUUUAGGGUAAAUUUCAUUGGCAACUGAAACAGAGCAGACACAGGGAGCUAUUUAGAAGCAGAUUAGUUACUUUGGUUAUGUUACUACUUGAUGCAAUGGAGAUACACCACAGGCCCUCUGCUCAGCACUCCCUUUUAGCUGUCACCAGGCCUGGGGACCAUCCUAUCACUUCCAAAGCAAUGGAGGUACACCACAGGCCCUCUGCUCAGCUGUCACCAGGCCUGGGGACCAUCCUAUCACUUCCAAAGCAAUGGAGGUACACCACAGGCCCUCUGCUCAGCACUCACUCUUAGCUGUCACUAGGGGUGAGGAGUGAGGACCACCCUUAGCAGCCUGGAGGAGUACUAUACAGGUGAUCUUUUUACAUCAGGCCGCUGCUUUGUUAAAGGACCACUAUAGUGCCAGGAAAACAUACUCGUUUUCCUGGCACUAUAGUGCCCUGAGGGUGCCCCCACCCUCAGGGUCCCCCUCCCGCCCGGCUCUGGAAAGGGGAAAGGGGUUAAAACUUACCUUUUUCCAGCGCUGGGCGGAGAGCUCCUCCUCUCGGCUGAAUAGAUGCGCGCGCAUUCAGCGUAAUGCUUUCCACGCUCGUGCUCUCACUGUGAAAAUCACAGUGAGAAGCACGCAAGCGCCUCUAGUGGCUGUCAAUGAGACAGCCACUAGAGGAAUUAGGGGGAAGGCUUAACCCAUUAAUAAACAUAGCAGUUUCUCUGAAACUGCUAUGUUUAUUAAAAAAUGGGUUAACCCUAGCUGGACCUGGCACCCAGACCACUUCAUUAAGCUGAAGUGGUCUGGGUGCCUAGAGUGGUCCUUUAAUCAGAUACUUGAUUUAAAAAUAAAUACAUCACAUUGUUGUUCUGUUGCCCUUCAACCACAUAGCAUUCUGGUUCUAAAGAACCUCACAGAUAUGAUUUUAGCAGCUAAAGCCCACUCUAGAAACACAAUUAUCCUGAUUCUGUCAGGACAGUCCUGAUUUUCAGGUCCUUUCCCACCUUUUUUGAAUUAGUUGGAGUCUUGCUUUUGGACAAAAGUUGGUCAAACCAAAUAAAAAAAUUUCUCAGACAAAUCGAUUUUGAUGAACUGAAUUUCUCCACUGUGCACAAGUCUAGUAUUAAUAAACAGCUGUAAACGCAUGCAUGCAUAUCUGCCGAUCUAUGCCACAAUUAUAUUUCAUUCACAAAUUGUAAACCACAAGUCCUGAUCUGUUUGCUUAAAGGGUCAAGGACCAGAUGUCGACACAAAUCAGGUGAUGUCUGUCGAGACUUGAAAAAGAGCAAUAGUGGCUGGAAGUCAGAAGCAAUAAGGCUGGAUUGUCACUGAGCAGAAGAGAAAGGUGAGUUGGACAUUUACAGCAGACAGCGUGAGGGUAACAAUGGCUUGUCAGGCUAACACCUAUUAACCAACAAAAUGUAAUCAGACACUGCUCACUGCAGCAACGUGACAGAUGUGUAAACAUUAGGUUUGGAUUUAUCUAGGCAAUACAGGGACUAUCUGCAAAUUUCUAAAUAUUAAGAGAUUUUUUAUAUUGGUUGCUGUGAAAUACAUUGACUCUAUAUAAAGAAUACUACUACUAACAACUGGUUUCCAUGGUAAGUGGUCUUUAUUUAGAAUUUUGCACCAGAAUAAAACCUGUGUUUCGCCCCCAACAUGUAUGACUUUAUUUGUGUAGCAAUAAAAUGAUAUGUGAUCACAUAGGGGUAAUGGUAGGUGAGAGGAAUUGUCAGGACAGGCUAAUAGUAUAGAAUUGACUAAUAAGUGAGUGAUGCAGUCACACAUGAUUAAUUAUAGGCAAAGAUAAGUCAGAAUGGAUUAAUGAUAUGGAUUAAUGAUAUGUGAGUGAGUGAGUUAGUGAAUGAUGAGUGAGGGUUCAAAAAGACAUAUGGCAAGUGUGUGUGAUAGUCAUAGAGUACUAUUAGGUGAGUGUGACAGUCACAUAGGACAGAUAGCAGUUGAGUGUGACAGUCACAUAGAACUAUUAGGAAAGUGUGACAGUCACAUAGGACAGAUAGCAGGUGAAUGUGACAGUCACAUAGGACAGAUAAAUCACAUAGAACUAUUAGGAAAGUGUGACAGUCACAUAGGACAGAUAGCAGGUGAGUGUUACAGUCACAUAGGACAGAUAGCAGGUGAGUGUGACAGUCACAGUGGACUAUUAGGUGAGUGUGACAGUCACAUAGGACAGAUAGCAGGUGAGUGUGACAGUCACAGAGGACUAUUAGGUGAGUGUGACAGUCACAGAGGACAGAUAGCAGGUGAGUGUGACAGUCACAGUGAACUAUUAGGUGAGUGUGACAGUCACAGUAGACAGAUAACAGGUGAGUAUGACUGUCAUGGAGGAGUAAAAGGACUAGGUGAGUGUGACAGUCACAGAGGACGAAUGACAGGUGAGUGUGGCUAAUGCUGGGUGAAUGUCCCCCUCACAAUAUUGCAAUGUAAAGAAUAAUAAUGCUACAAUAUAAGUAAAAUACAGCAUGAAUUUGGAUGAGAAACUUUGAUAAAGUCUACUUUAAGUCUACACAGAGGAAAGCUAUCUGUCUUUGUUAGGCUCAUCAUGGGUUUGAGGAGAAUUAUAGAGAAUUUAGGUUAGGAGCAGGAAAUAAACUAUCUUCUAGUUAGUCAUGCAUUAGUUAGACACACAGGGACUUUUUCCUACAUUUCAAAUGUAUAAAAACCAUUGUCAUAUUAUCAGCUGUUACUCCCUCGUGUGGCAAUAUACAGAGAUUAUUCAAAAAGGAACUUAAAAAGAGAAUUGUUCAUAUUUUAUUAUUUGUACAUGCUUUUAUACCCUAGAUUCUAUAUUGCAUCAUGGAAAAUAAAUGUCUUAAAAUUGUCCCCUUUGCUCAAAACAGCAAUGAGAACAUGUUAAAGUAUCUGUAAGUAACUGGAGCUAAUGCUGUAUUUUGAAGAAAGUAGGCAAUACUCGAGACAGUUACAUUUUGAAAGUCUAUUUUCAACCAAAAUACAGAUUAAGGGAGAGCACACACGAAAUAUGCAGUAUUUACUUUUAUAAAGCUACUUAAAAUCACCUGGUUUAGCAAAUAAAUAUGGGGAUUUAGUUCCACCAUUUAGCCAUAUUUUAUUAAGCCCACCAUUAUGUCACAGCACCCCAAUGUUACACUAGUUUUAAGAUGGGAGAUGAACAUGUUAACUGCAAUACUUACUGCUUAAACUACUUCCUAAGACUCUCCUCAAAUAUAUGCUUUUCUGUAGUCACCACCAAGGGGUUUCUAAUUUAACCAAUCAGAAUUUGCUGGAAUGCAAAUCAUUGUCAUUAUCCAGUAAUUGCACCAAUAGGAGUAAAGUAAUGACAGGCAGGGCCAAUCCUGGGCAGGUGCACAGAUUUGUAAGAGUGUGCAAUAAUGUGAGUGUGUCAGUGGGUGUUUGUGUGUGUUUGUUAGUGAGUCUGUGUGCCUGUCAGUGAUUGUGUGUGCCUGUCAGUGAGUGUGUGUGUCUGUAAAAGUUUGCGUCGGUGGUAGCUCCACCCAGUGUCACAAAGUGUCAGUUGUAAGAAAAAUACAAAAGCCAAGCAGACUCUACUUUGUCUUAUAUUUUGGUUAAAAGUAGAUGGAAAAAGAGGAAAAGAAAGCCAGAGUAGAAAAGAGGAAGCAAUUGGGAAAAGGUAAGUAUGGUGUGACAGUGCCGCUUUAAACUAUAAUAAAUGUGUUUAGAAAUUAGUCUGUGUAAAUAAGGUACAUUGUUCUUGUUACAUAAAACGUUCUCUGAGCAGCCAGAUAUCUCCCUCCCCCUUCCAUUCAUAACUCCCUCCCCCUUCCAUUCCAAUUAAACCUUAUCUGAGCAGUCAGAUAUCUCCCUCCCCCUUCCAUUACUAUCUCCCUCCCCCUUCCAUUCCAAUUAAAUAAGCAGCACUCUCUGCAAGGUUUAGUAGGUAGCUUUCUGGAUAUGUACCCCACUUUACCAGACAAGCCUGCCCAUUAUGGGUGUCACCAGUGAAACAAGUUGCGUCACUAGUGAUGCCCCCUCUCAGGCCUGCCCAAUAAUCCCGAUCUCAAACUUCCUAAUGAUGGGAGGUUUGUGUUAAACAGUACUGUUUAAAAGUAGAGAUCUUUCCAACCUGUAUAAAAUGUGUAUUCUUAUUUAUGUCUUUUUACUUCUUCAGAAACUCCUCUUACACAAUGCAGAUGACAGUUCAAAUUUGGAGCCUGGCACUGGUGUUCCUUUUGGGUAAGUGCUGUUAAAAGGUCACUCCAAGCAACACGUUCGAAACAGCGUAUAGGAAUAGGUUAAAGAGCUGUUAAAUGAAACCUGGUUUUCCAUCAGUUACACCAAUUACCAGUCAUCCCAGGUGGACUGAGAGAAGGUGCAGGUAGCACUAACACCCAAAUCCUGUGUUUCUCUGAUCCGAUAAAAUCAAAGUCAGAUAUAGCAAGAGGGUGUGUAUGGCGCCUUGAUAUUUCUUUGAGUAUAUAUGUAAUGAAAAGAGUAAAAUAAGACAGGAACUGAUAGUGUAGUAUAUACUCUGGGCAGGCCUUAGGCCUUUAGGUGCCCUGUGCGAAAAACCUUCACAGCGCACCUCCCUGGUCAUACCCUUCAAUCCAUGUACAGAGUGUGUCUCGCUCCCUACCAAUUCCAUCCAUGUUUCCCCCUACCAAUUCUAUCCAGGUCUCCCCCCCCUACCCAUUUCAUUAAUGUCUCUCUCCCUCAUCCAUAUCUCCCUCAUCACCCUUCAAUUCAUACAUCCAUAUUAAUAGCUUCCUUUCUGCUACAUUCAUAUCUCGCUACCCCUUUCCAUUCAUAUCUCCCUCCCCCUUCCAUUCCCAUCACCCCCCCUUUCAUUCCCAUCUCCUCCCUCCCUUCCAUUCCUAACUCUCCCCCAUGUCUUCCUUUCUACCCCUUCCAUUCAUAUCGCCCACCAGUAUAACUCAAUUGUAGGCAUUUGUUGUAUACCAUAACAACUGGGAUUUUGUUGUGCACAAGGUCUUGCUGAUACAAAUUUGUUCCCAUCUGUGACAUUCAUAUACUCCCUCCCCCUUCCAUUCCCUAUCACCCAGACAGACCUGCUUUAUUUAUCACCCUGUACCCCCAUCUCCUCCCUACCCUAGGUGGGUUUGGCUAUGGAGCUGGUCUAGUGCCCUCUGUUGGUAGCAACUAUGCACUACCUGAAUUGCAAGACUGGUUCAUUUGCAUAUUCAUUUGCAUAUUGCUAAUUCUGCAGGCAGGUGAGAUAUUUACUGUUAAAUAUUGUCUUCUUUAAAAACCCACUGUGUGUUUCUUGAUAUGGUUUGACUGUUUGUGAUUUUAUUGAGGUUUCACAACAAUGUUAUAUUGGCUGGUCCCAAGGGAAUAAAGGUUUUGACAGUUCUUCUUGAUCCCUCAGCCUUGUCUCAUUAUUGGAAGCUGUUAUAAUCACACUGGGGAUUGCUAUGCAUGCUCCCCUAGAGUCACUUAGCUCUUUUAAGAGCUUGUUCCUGCUCUCCUUGGAGGAGGGGUCUUCACCACACAGUCCUGGAUGCUGGACAUACUGGAAGGAAGAGUUCUUUUUCCUGCUGAUCCAGGGUGACUCCAGUCAAGAUACGGCGGUUGCGGAGUCUGCGGUGGUUGUGGUGUCUGCUGCAGCGCUUGGAGUCCUCAGGAAGCGCUAGGAGCAUCCGUCAACGGAGGGUACUCAGUCGGAGUACAAGGAGCUCCGUUACACCAUCUGUCAAGCAGCUUAAUACAUACACAUACACAUGCACAGACACUGUCUAACACACACACAAACAAACUGCCUAAUACAUACACAUGCAAACUACUUAAUACAUACAGACAGACACACACACACAAAUUACCUGAUAGGUACAUACAAACUGCCUAAAACAUAAAAAUGCACACACACUGUCUAAUACAUACACACACUGCUUAAUACUUACAUACACUGCCCAAUACAUACAUAUGCACACUGCCUUAUACAUAUACACACAAACUGCCAAAUUUGGAGUCUGGUACUGGUGUGUCUUUUGGGUAAGUGCUUUUAAAAGGACACUCCAGGCAACACAUUAAAAACAAUAUAUAGAAAUAGGUUAAAUAAUUGGUUAAAGAACUCUUAAAUGAAUCCUGAUUUUCCCAUAGUCCUAUCAAUCACCAGUCAGACAACGUAUAACAAAAGGAUAAAAAACUGUUAAGUGACACCUGAUUUUCCUUUAGUCAAUUACCAAUUACACAUACACUGCCUAAUUCACACACACACACACACACUGCCUAGUACAUACAUACAUACACACACAUACACACUGCCUAACACAUACAUAUACACAGGCAAAACCUAAUACAUGCACAGACAUUGCCUUACACACACACACACACACACACUGCCUAAUACAUGCAUACAUAGACACUGCCCGAUACAUACACACAUAAAUACUCAGGCUGCUUAAUAUAUAUAUAAAUGCACACACCGCUAAAUACAUACAUUCACAAACACACACUCAGGUGAGGGUAGGGGGCACUAAAAGCAGCACAUUUCAGUUACGUGGUACCUCUUCUCUGUCUCAGGAAGACCUGCUGUCAUGCUUCGCACUGUGGAUGUUCCCCCUGCCGCACAGCAAGGAGGAGGCAACAUGUGGACUGAUGCUGUACCCUUGCUCUGCCCUGUUCGUCCGCUCUUCAGGAGUUAGGACAUAAUUGAGUGUGAUCCCCUAUGGAUCACCCUACACUAUAUAACUAUCUAAAGGUAAUGGAAGUCUCAUUCUCAUCUAACACAUUUACUCCAAUAAACUCUCAGCUAAAACAUGUAGUGAGUAUGUUAGAUGAGAGGACAGCUUCUAUCACAGUCAGACAGCCAGAACAGGUACAAUAUGGCAUUUCUGGAAGUCCUCAUAGCAGCAGUAAAGCUUUAGAAAGACUGAUGGAAAAUGAAUUAUUUUACCUAUGCAAUGCUUAGUGAAUAUUCCCCUAGACAUACAGAGCUAUAAAUAAAUGCAUUAACCUAUAGAUGUAUUGUAUACUGAGACGUGGAUUUAAUAACAUAUAUUAUCCUGUAUCUACAAACACCUGGACAAGUCUUCAUCGAUGGUUUGUUGGUGGGAGGGAGGGGAGGGGGCGAGGAAUUAGAGGUGUAGUGCUAAUCAGAGGCCCACAGGUGUAAUUAGUACAUCUGGAGAUACCUUGCCUAACUCUCAUCUGCAGUACCAGAGAGAAGGGGACUUGUUAUAGAUAAGGGUAAAUAAAGGGUUAAAAAGUAUUUUUGUCUUACUUAAGUCUUUCACGUCUGCAAGGGUUAAAAGCAAGAAUUUUCUCUCUCCUGUUUGCAAUCAGUUACAGUCUCACACCUACUCCCUUUUUUCUCUCACAAGAUAACCCUGCAUAGUUUUGAGAAGACGUGCUAGACAUGCGCAGUAGAAUAACUGUAAUACGUAAUGUUAUAUGAGAAAUGAUACUAUAUUUUUGCUCUGAAAUUUUGUUGACUGGUUGAAUUUGUCUUCUGUUGGAUACACCCCUAUGAAAAAGGUGUGUUCCAUAAAGUACAAUGCACACGCAUUAAAAAAGCUACUUCUUUCUUAAACUUCAUCAUGACUGGUCUGCAUUAAUUGUUCAUGUAUGUUCUCUGCAGUGAACAUAAAAAAAGAUUAUGGAAAGCAGUAUGGGUUACCAGCAUAAGUCCAUGGCAGCUUAAGGGUUACAGACCCUGUAAAUGUUGCAGCCUAACAAAGACUAUAAUUCAAAACAUAACAUUUCUCCAUCCAUUACAGGAAAUAAUCAAUGGAUCAAUGGAAUAAUACUAUGGAUCACAAGGUUUGGUCUUCCCUUGACAAUUCAUUCACAAUGAUUUUUCCAUUACCUUCUUCUCCCAGGCAUCCAGGUCUCGGGGCUCACCACUGACAUGCAGUCUGAUGACUGGAGAGUUUCUACCAUUCUGGAAAGUACAUUGGAUCAAUAUGUAAGACCAUAUACAAAGCCUGUUUAUGAAAAAGUUACCAACUCUGGACUGUGGACAUUUUUGGGGUAAGUUGCAUAAGGUCUUAACAUUUGUAUCAUUUAGUAGUUGCUACAUCAUCCUUCCUCUCUGCCUUGCUGUCAAUUGUGCAAUAUGCUUAAAGGACCACUCUAGGCACCCAGACCACUUCAGCUUAAUAAAGUGGUCUGGGUGCCAGGUCCAGCUAGGGUUAACCCAUUUUUUAAUAAACAUAGCAGUUUCAGAGACAGUCUCAUUGACAGCCACUAGAGGCGCUUGCGUGCUUCUCACUGUGAUUUUCACGCCAGCGUCCAUAGGAAAGCAUUGUAAAUGCUUUCCUAUGCGACCGGCUGAAUGCGCGCGCAGCUCUUGCCGCGCGUGCGCAUUCAGCCGACGGGGCGGAUCAGAGGAGGAUCAGAAGAGGAGAGCUCUCCGCCCAGCGCUGGAAAAAGGUAAGUUUAACCCCUUUUCCCCUCUCCAGAGCCGGGCGGAAGGGGGACCCUGAGGGUGGGGGCACCCUCAGGGCACUAUAGUGCCAGGAAAACGAGUAUGUCCUCUCUCCUUUCUCCCUCUCUUCCACUGUUUUUCUCCCCCCUUUCCCUGUCUCUCUCUCCCCCACAUCUCUCUUCCUCUCUGUCUCUUUCUCCCCCUGUGUCUCAUUCUUCCCUCUCUUUCUCCCCCCUCCCCCAACUCUCUAUUCCCCCUCUUUCUCCCCCUGUGUCUCAUUCUUCCCUCUCUGUCUCUUUCUCCCCCUCCCUAUCUCUCUAUUCCCCCUCUUUCUCCCCCUGUGUCUCAUUCUGUCUCAUUCCUUCCUCUCUUUCUCCCCAUCUCUCUAUUGCCCUCUCUUUCUCCCCCUCCCUAUCUCUCUAUUCCCCCCUCUUUCUCCCCUUCCCCAUCUCUCUGUUUCCCCUCUUCCGUCUCUCUAUUCCCCCCCCUCUUCCCCCUCCCCAUCUCUCUCUGUGUUCCCCCUCUUUCUCCCCAUCUCUCUGUUCCCCCUCUUUCUCCCCUUCCCCAUCUCUCUGUUUCCCCCUCUUUCUCCCCUCCCCAUCUCUCUGUUCCCCCCUCUUUAUCCCCCCUCCCCAUCUCUCUAUUCCCCCCUCUUUCUCAAGUCUGAGGGGGCCGGGCGCUUUUCAUGCUGGAGCCGCCGGACCGGGUGGCAGCCUCGCCGGUCCGGCGGCAUUCCUCUCACUAACGCUGAUGGAGGAGGAGCAUGUCUCUCUAUCAUGCUCCCUGCGGUUCCCACAAUUCCCAGCACAGGAUGUGGGAACCGCAGGGAGCUCCCUCACAGUGUGCCACCGGACCGGCCACCCGGUGGCACCUUCCUCUGAAGUCCCCAGAUGCCACCCCCAAUCCAGACCAUGUCCGAAGUGCCCGACCGGUCAGUCCGCCCCUGCUCUCAGACAACUGCACAGACAAUCACACUGACACCAGCCCUCACACACCCCCAAGAUAGCAAGACAGUCCCUAAUUUAGGGUUCUAUUCUACCAUCUUAUUUUUUUCCCAGGUGUUCUGCAUCCAGUUACAUCAAACACCACCAAAACAUAUCUCAGUGGGCCAGUCCAAAGCAUUGAGAGCACAGGCCACCAACCGAUACACUAACCCACACAGUGCCGGAGUAAAAAAGUCACUUCACAUCUUCUGUCUGCUGCAUUAAGCCUGUAGACAUGACCUGCACCCUAUGCCAUCCCUCUCAUGUCCUAGGUGGCCAUAGAUGCAGAACACCAGGGAACAAAAUUGGGAAAAUGGAACCAUGAUUAUGUAAAUCUUUUUUUCAUUGCUGAAACAUAGUAGUUUAAUAAGAAAUCUCCAGCAGCUCCUCAGGAAAUUUUACAAUCCUCUUAAUAUCACUGUUUCUGAAGCCAAUCCAGGCUCUAACAUAACUUAUAAGGCAAUCUGCAUCAACCGAUGCUUUUUUUCUGAACCAAAAGCAACCCAAACGGCUACAUCACUCCGACAAUCUUUGAUGUCGAGGAAUUGCUGAAGCAGAGGCCAAUACAUUGCCUGUAACACAGAAAACCAUGCCUACUAGACGGGGAUGAUCUGAGAAACCCUACACCACUGCUGAGGGCAGAGAUAUCAGAGCCAUGCUCCAGAUGCCUACACAGCACAGGCGGACUCCUGCAGAAGACCUGCCUGCAACAGAGUUGGUCACUGUCACGCUACAUGAGGAGACUGUGACCACCUACCAAGGUCACAAGGCCUACAACUUCCGAGCUCACGGACUACUCAGCCCCCAACCACCAGAUAUGACCUAAAGGUCUUGCUGUCCAAUAUUCACAAGCUUAUUAGUGGCCGAUUCCAUCCUCCUCAAGAACAAAGUGCAGGCUGUCAGCAAUCGGGUGAAAGCCUCGGGGGAGAAUAUUGUCAACAUAUACCCUAGUUUAUAUAACUCAAGACCCACCAAAGAGCCCUGUCGGCCAAAAUGACAUCCAUGGAAGACUGCCAGCACUGCACUCAUUAAAAUAAAAGGCAUCCCUUCCACAAUAACGGUGGAAGAAUUGGUGCAUUAUAUUAGGUGCCUUCUGGCCACCAUACUACCCAAAGCGGCAGCAAAAAACCUAGCCAUAGAUGGUAAAUAUUGUGUUUCUAUAUAGCACUCUCCAAGCUCACCUCGACCCAGGACGUCAUCCUUCGCUGCAUCACAGUACAGAAAAAGAUACAAAUCCUGUCUGCUCUGAAAGGCAAAGCCACUCUGAUGUGGCGAAAAUCCUAUAACUCAGUCACUACCCAACUGAGGUCUGCAGGUAUGGCGUACAGAUGGAGGGCCAACGGCUCUUUGGUGGUAAACCACUCUGGGACUACUCAUAUCCUAGAAUUGAUGUCAGGAGCAUUGGCCUUCCUGAAUAAAUUGGGACUGACUCUCCCGACAACAAGCCUGCCCGAACAGCGACCAGGGGCAAUUUGGGAUCCAGCAAAUAUCGCCGCUUUCGUUCCACAGUAAGCCAGUUGCCCUACCCACAUUUGUUGAGGUCCAUGCAUCCUAUGACUAACUUAUUCCAGCAUGUUUAUACACUCACAUAUAUUCAGUGGAACGGCCUACUUACUUUAUCUACCAAUACGAAUUAUCACCGGGUGUAUGUUUUCCCAUGUCACUAGGGAAUCACAACUACCUGCCUGCCAGGUUCAAGCAUUUUUGUACUGUGGAAAACCCCUUUAAGGUCCCUAGUUUCCAGCUAUUGUUUCCUUUUAUAAAAAUGGUGCAAAGUUACAGAUAUUUACAAAACAUGUCUCUCUCUCCCAAUGAAUAUUGUAUGUAUCUUCAAUAACGACUUUGUGAUAAACAAUGCACUGCAAAAAUAAAGAAUAAUAAAGAAAAUAAAAAUAGGAAAAACUGAAAUGUGCACCAGUGCUAGUGAAUGUAAACAAAGUUGUUAUUCUCUUUCUGUUAACUUCUCUUGCCUUUGAUUGCCCACCGUCGUUACCUGUCAUACUCAUUGCUACUGUUAUUGUAAACUUUCAGGCAAGCAGUAGAUCGGGUGCAAGGAGCAGUCAAUUUAACUAGUGGAUACCUGAACACAUAUUAUGAGGAUCAUCUCGAGGGUCGAGUAGAAAAUGCCAAGCAGUGGAUCCAGGAGAAAACAAAGCCUAUAAUUGAAUCGGUGCAACAACGUUUCCAGAAAGAAUCAAAUUAG